UCGAACCGGCUUUCUACGACAGCGGAUUGGAAUCGCGGAGCGACACAGUCGCCGGGCAAGUGAUGUGAUACAGCCGGCUGCCCACCAGGCCGAGCAGAAACCAAGUUAAGAAACCCCGAAACCGAAAGACACACACAAUUCUCGAAUCUUUGUUCGCGGGCAGUGAGAAGAAUUGCGAGGAGUACCAAUUUUCUGGCCCAACCGCGUGAGAUUAUCUCAGGCUGGGCAUUGUGUCUCCUCGUGAAAUCCCAAAACCCGAAAGCUUCGAGUGUUAAAUACACCUCAUAAAAAGAAGAAGCGUGUGUAUUUGCUUUUAGGCAAAUUAAAGUUGAAUUACGUGGGCCGAAAAUCAAAAGACUGAAGGCCAUUCAAGGGUUGUUCGAAGGAAAAUCCGGUGAAAAGUCACCGAGUGUGUGUGUGUGUGAGUGCGUUGCGUGAGAAAAAUCAAUUCUGCAUUUGGUGGAAAAUCCAAGGAAGGGAGAGGAGUGGAAGGGGAGCAGAAGGGACAAACCUACAGGCUGGUUUUUGGGCUGCGAAAAACUCGUAACCGAUGACAAUUUGGCUUGACGAGGGUCUAUUAGCGAAAUCAAAGCCAUUAUGGCUGAUAGUGGAGGACCAGGAUCCAUAGAUGCCGGCGGGGGAGGAGGUGGAGCAGGAGCAGGAGCAGGCGAUGACGUGCCUCCAGUUCCAGCUGUUCGCCGGCGCCGUGCGCAUGAGCAGAAGUCCUCGAGAGAGCGAGUGCAGGAGGAGGAGAGCCAACAGCUGGAGACGUCGACGGUGACGAGGACGUACAUGAAGACCAUCACCACCUCCCUGACCACCUCGAGUAGCUCCAAUGUGGAGGAGUUUGUCCUGCAGGAGCCUGCUUCGGAGGCAGCUGCUCCUUCGCCCAAUCACCAGAGGUUGCGCCAGAAGGUGGCCCAGUACGAAAAGGUUUGGUCGGAUGGCUCCAAUCCCGGGAAGCGGCCCGCCGAGCAGAGCUCCGAUGAGCUGCGCUUGGGCGACGACCAGGACGAGUACGAUGCCGAGAAUCCCUUCGAGAUAGAUGUCCACGAGAUCGAGCGGCGACUGCGCCAGGAGCGACAACGCGGCCUGGCCGAGGCGGAGGCAGCCAAGCUGGCCUUCCAGCAGGUGCAGCUGAGGCACACGACUCCGCCGCGGCGAGUGGAGGUCACCAGUGACCAGGUGCCGAGUCCCUUCAACGUCACCCUUCGCACCACCAGUCGCAUGAGUCCAGGAGCCGAGCAGGGCAAUGUGGAGGAGCACCUGGCGCCGUUCAAUGUGACCCUUCGCACCACCCGAAGGACCAAGAAGAAGGAGCUCAGGGAGCUGGAGAGCUUCCUCGAGGGGGAGCGAACCGUGCGAGAGGUGCCCUCUGCGGAUGGCGUGAGGACCAUCAUCACCUCCUCGAUGACCAGCGAUGGCGGCUAUGCCGAGGAGAAGAUCUACCGCCAUGGCGAGGGCUAUGUUUCGCCAAGGGACUCCCCGUCCUGGUCGCGUUCCAGCUACUCCAGCGAGCGGUCCAGUGUGACGCCGCCGAGGAGCGUGGACCUGACCGCCGGCGGACGAAGGAUACUGAUCAAACUGGAGCAGGAAAGUGAACUAACCGAGGCGGACCUCGCCCGGCAGAGGGACGAGACCGACUCGUUUGGCAGGGAGGCAGCCAUGGCAGCCAUGGCAACCGGCAACAUUGACAUUACCGUCGGCGGUAGCAACCCCCGCCGGCGUUUGUACCAGCAAACAACUGUCCAGGUGGGCGGUGGCAACCACACACCUGCCACCCCCGAGGAGCUGACACCCCAAAGGCCCAGGCCGAGGGACUUAGACCUGGCCAGGAGCACCACCACGAAGACAAUGCUAACAUCCACGCCAAUUGGCACGAAGGAGCAACCGCAAGCGGGUCCGAAAACUCAAGUUAGUCCAGCUGCAACGUGCCAAUUGCGCGGUUCUUCGACGGAAGAGCCCCGGAAAAUUGUAAGCCACAAAACGAUAACCAGCACAACGACCAAGUCCACCUCGUCCUCGCACUCCUCGUCCACGUCGCGUAAACUGAUUGAAACGUCGCCGGUUCUCGCCGGGAAUAGGGAUAUCUCGUCGCAAAUUCGUGCCGGGAACAACGAUUUAGAUAUCGACAACGAUUCGGACACCGAGGGCCGACCGGCCAGCAGCAUAGUGAUUGUGUCCACGCCCACGCGACCCACCACCCCGGCAUCCCAAUCCGUAUCUGUGACCCCAUCCGCAUCCACAUCCGCAUCCGCUGCCCACGCCCUCAGCGGCGUCGGCACUUUCAGCAAGAGUCUGCGCCAGGAUAAUCAGACUCUGGCGACGCAAAGUGGCCGCAGCAACGAAUCACCCAGCGACCAGGAGUACCACGAGUUCCAGUCCACCAUGGCGUCCAUCAACUACGCCAGGAGCAACUCCCAGUACGACAGCCAUAUCAAGGAGAAACGAGAGGAGCAAGAACGUGUGCAGAAGAAGACAUUCACUAAUUGGAUUAAUUCAUACCUACUGAAGCGUGUUCCACCGCUUCGUAUUGAUGACUUAAUCAACGACUUACGCGAUGGUACUAAACUAAUCGCAUUGCUGGAGGUCCUGUCUGGAGAACGCCUGCCCGUGGAGAAGGGCCGCGUUCUGAGACGUCCCCAUUUCCUCAGCAAUGCCAACACCGCCCUGCAAUUCUUGGCCAGCAAACGGAUCAAGUUGGUUAAUAUUAAUCCCGCAGAUCUGGUGGACGGGAGACCACCAGUUGUGCUGGGCUUGAUAUGGACAAUCAUCUUGUACUUCCAGCUUCGUAAAAAGAGGCGGAAAAACUUAGUAGUAGUUAUAAAUUAUGCGCCACAGAUCGAGGAGAACAGCCGCAACCUAGAGUAUUUGGGUCAUGGUAUUGGCGGUUCGGUGAGUUCCCUCGACAGUGUUGGCAACCAGAAGCACGGCGAUCUAAAGGCUGAGAAAUGGAAGCAGGGUGCCAGGAAGACCCUGCUCAACUGGGUGACCAACGCCUUGCCAAAGGAGAGUGGUGUGGAGGUGAAGGAUUUCGGCGCCAGCUGGAGAGAUGGCGUCGCCUUCCUGGCCCUCAUCGAUGCCAUCAAGGCGAACCUGGUCAACUUGGCUGAGCUGAAGAAGACCAGCAACCGUCAGCGCUUGGAGACUGCUUUCGAUGUGGCCGAAAGCAAACUGGGCAUUGCCAAGCUCCUGGACGCUGAGGAUGUGGACGUACCCAAGCCGGACGAGAAGAGUAUCAUGACAUAUGUGGCGCAAUUCUUGCACAAGUAUCCUGAACCUAAGGGUGCUUCCCGCGACCAAUCGCAUGUGCAGCAGGAGGCGGACGAGCUGCGUCGCUUCCUGGUGGAGAAGACCACCGAGUACGAGCCCAUGGUCAUGACGAGCUCGUUCCCACGCGAUUUCAGUGAAUACCUACUGGCACGUUCUGAAGUCGACGCCCAUUUGGCGGCCUACAACCGCCUGAAACAGCUCAUCGAGAGCCAGAGCGGAUUCCUGCAGGUCUCCCGCCAGUCUUGGGAGGAGAUCAACGAGCUGUGGCAGCGCCUCCAGUACCAGAUGAUGUACUGGCUCUGGCUGCUGGACUCCGAGCUGCCCGGCGACUUCGGCACCAUUGGCAAAUGGUUGGCCGAAGCAGAGAAACUUUUGAUGGACAACGACAUACCCAAUGCCAUGAACGAGGAGACGGCCGCUGUGAUAAGCAGGAAGCUGGAGGAGCACAAGCUCUUCUUCGCCGAUCUGCCUCGCAUAUUGGCCAUGUUCGACAAUGCCAAGCGGUCACCAUUGGCCCAGCAGAUUCCCCUGGAGCAGCUGCGCAACAUGGAGCGCCGCCUUCAGGAGGUCGGACCCAAGGCGGCGGAGCGCAGGAUUCGACUGAAGUUCCUGGAGCACAAGUGCUGCCUGAUUGCCUUCCUCAAUCUGGUGGAGAACAAGAUGCGCGGCUGGACUGGAAAGUAUGGGCAGGAGGAGAAGGUGGCCCAGCAGCUGGAGCAGUACAAGAACUUUGUGUCGCGCAACAAGAUCUUCCAGGAGUUCCAGAAGGCCUUUGUCGACAUGCAACAGGUGGUGGAGGAGUACAAGCGCGACGGUAAUGUGCCGCGCAAGGAGAUCAACGACAUCGAUCGCUUUAUGUACGAAACCGAGGAGCGUUGGAAGCGCGUCUCCAUGGAGCUCAAGUGCUGUCAGAACUCCCUGGAGGAAGUGGUCAACUGCUGGCGCAGCUGGAACCAAUUGGCCCCCAGCUGCGAGGAGUGGCUCCUGCUGGCCGAGCAGAAGGUGAACCAGAGCGAGGACGAGCGUCUAGACUUCUUCCAGGACAUACCCGUGUGGAAGGACAAGUUCGAUGCCCUGGCCAACUCUGCCAACUAUUUGAUUGCCUCCUGCGAGGAGCCCAUUGCCCAGCAGUUGCGCCAGCGGCAUGGAGCUCUCUCUGAGCGCUUCGAGCGCUUGUUCGCCAACACCAAGCAGUAUAUGCAUGCUGGAGACAUUAUCCGAUCCCGCCAGGAGUACAAAUCGGGCAUAGAACAGCUCUCCAGGUGGCUGCGAGGAGCCGAAAGCGUUCUGGACCAGAGGCAGGUGCUCGGAAACAGUGAGCAGAUCAAGCAAUAUGGCCAGCAGCUGCAGCAGCUGGCCAGCGAAAUCGAUGACAACGAGGAGCUGUUCAAGACCAUCAGCAGGAACUUCCAAUCGCUGAUCCAAGACCUGUCCCGCGACGAGGUGGACAAGAUGAUGAAGCUGCUGAAGCAGGAGAAGGAAUCCCUGGUGCGCAUACGCGCCCAGUUGCCUGCCAAGCUGCAUCUCUUCCACCAACUGCAGAUUCAACAAGAAUCCCUGGAGGCGGGUCAAAAGGAGAUCCAUCAGUGGUUGAGCGAGGCCGAACAGCUUCUGGGAACCCACAAUCUUACCGGAGGACGUGAGGCCAUCAAUGAGCAACUGCAAAAGCACAAGACCUACUUCUCGCGCACCGUCUACUAUCGUUCCAUGCUGGAGAGCAAGAACAAGGUGUUCCAGAACCUGCUGAAAGCCGUGUCCGCGGAUGACAAGAUCGACACUGCUCCAGCUUCGCAGCAAAUGCAGCAGCUGAACGAGCGCUUCAACUAUGUGAUCCAGAAUGCCCAGCAGUGGGAACAGCGCUUGGACGCGGCAUCCGGUGGAUGGAGCAACUUCAAGGACAACGAACGUGUGGUCAGCGAAUGGCUCACCCAGGCCGAAUCCAUGCUGGUGGAGAAGCACAUCGAGUCUAAGACCACAAUCGAGACCCAGAAGUACUUCUUUGAGCAGGUCAACGAUCGCUGGAUGAACGACCUGGUCCAGUCGGCUCAGCAACUUCUGACCACUCUGCCCGCCCAGGAGCAACCUGCUGUGGUGCAAAGUGUGGAGCAAUUGCAAUCCCGCUGGAAGAACGUGCUUUCCCAGGCUCCGUUGCAUCUAUUGAAACUGGAAUUCAGACUGGAUGAGAAUGCCUUCUAUCAGUCCCUGAAGGAUGUGGAGAAGGAGUUGCAGCUGGAGCAGCAGGCCCUCAACCGCAACGAGGACGUGGACUCCAUUUUGCAGCGCAACCAGCAGUUCCUCCUGCAACAGGAUGUGGUUCCUCGCCUAGAGCGUUGCCUUCAGAACAUGCAACGUCUGGCCCAGGCCCACAGGCAACAACAGCCCGGUGACAUUAGCCUGGAUCAGGCCUACGACAAUGCCAAGUCGCAGUGGCAACUGCUGUCCAAUAAACUGGGCGACAUGCGCCAGACCCUCCAGCAAAUCCCUGCCCAAUGGGAGGGCUACCAUUUGAAAUUCAACGAUAUGGUCAACUGGAUGAACGGCGUGGACCAGAGCCUUAAAAAUAUCGUCAAUGAAGUCAAUACCAUGGAGGAAUUCGAGAAGGAGAAGGUCGUCUUCCAGAAAAUCUGCCAGGAUGCUGACAACAAGCGCGAGGAUAUGAAAUGGCUGGUCAAGACAUUGGACUCUCUUCUCAGCUACGCUACCGAAGAUGAGGCCAAUCUGGAGCAGAAGAAACUGGAGGACCUGAUCGCUCGCUACAAGAACCUCAUCCCCACGAUUGAGAUCACCAUGGUCAAGACGGAAGUGUUCUCCAAGUGCUAUACCUACCGCCGCGAAGUUCACGAGGUUGUGUGUCUGCUGAGCAAGGUCAAGGAUCAGACGGCCAACAUACCAGCUCCCGACAGUCUGGAGCGUGUGAAUCGCCUGAUUGAAGAGCAGCAGUAUGCCAUCAAUCAGCUGGAUCACCAGCGUCCUCACAUCAUGUCCAUGCUACAGAGAGGACGUGAUCUUAUCAAGGACGUGCAUGCCCCAGCGUUUGUUAAUGCCGAGGUCAAGAACCUGGAGACUGGAUGGAACCAGGCCUACACCGAAACCUCUGACAAACUGCAGGCCCUCAAGGGCACCCAGGCCGUGUGGAGCGACUUCGUGGACCAGAAGAAUGACAUCUUCUCCAUGUUGCAAACUGCCGAGACUGAGCUCCGUUCCCUGACUCCAUUGCAAACCGAUCCGAAGAAUGUCAGCCAGGAUCUGAAGUCCAAGAGGGAUCUCAAUGUGCAACUGCAGCAGGCUUCCCAUCAACUUUUGCCCAAGUUGCAUGCUCUCAAAUCAGAACUGGCUCCUCUGGCUGCUCCCGACAAGCGCCCCAUCCUGGAGAAGGAAGUGACCGAGGUGGAGAAGAUGUUCUUCAACACCAUGGAGCAUGUGAAGGAUCGCGUCGGCUAUCUGGAGGACUACAGUGCCAAGUGGAACAACUACAAGACACGUCUCGCCGAACUGCAGGAAUGGGCCAACAAGGUUGCGCCCAAGAACAUCGAGGCCCUUCAGUCCGAGGAUCUCACACCGGAGGAGCGUGUGGUCAAGGUGCAGGCCUUCAAGCGUAUCCUUGGGGAUCGCAUGAAGCAACUGGAUCUUCUGGCCGCCGAUGCCUCCGAGUUGGCCCCCAAGGAGGGCAACAUUGCCGAGGCCAAGCGACUCAAGGGCGAGAUCACCAAGCUGCAGGAGGUUCUCAGCGCCAUCAACCGCAACGUGGACCACCAGGCACAGGCUGUGCAGGAGGAUCUGGUCAACUGGCAGCAGUUCCAGGCCGGUCUGCAGCAAAUCAAGCCAGCCGUGGAGCAAAGCGAAGUCAAGGUAAAUAAUGUAGUUUCUAAGCCCAUCUCCCUCGAAGAAGCCGUUGCCAUGCAACAGAAUGCCCAACAAUUCGAGACACAGUGCCAGGAGCAAUUGGACAAGCUCCAUGGCAUUUCAAACAUCAGUCAUAAAAUGUUAUGUAAGACCAAUGCCCCCGACGAACUGGACGCCAUGCAUUCGCGUUGGACGGCUGUCCAUGAGAACGCGAAGCAGGCGAGCGCCAAGCUGGAGAAGUUGGUGGCCAAUUGGAAGUCGUUUGACGCCGAUGCCGCCAAGCUCGAGGAUUGGGUUGACCAGGGUGAGCAGCUGAUGUCUCGCCGUCCAGCCGUUCUCAACACCCCACACAUUGACAAGCUCGAAAAAGAGCUGGUCAAACUGAAGUCCUUCAACAACGAGAUCUCGCAGCAGCAGGCCAAGCUCGUGACCUUGGGUCAGAAUGCCGACCAGAUUAGUUUGCACUUGGCUCCUGAGGGGGCAGCAGCUUUGAAGGAUCGCGUGAACCAAAUGAAGGGCAAGUUGCAGAAACUUUCGGAAGCCACUCGCGGACACAUCAACGAAGUUUCCGAUGCCAUUAUCUCGCGGCAGGACUUCAAUGCCAAACUGGUUAACUUCUCCAACUGGAUGGAGCAGCUUCGCAACCAGGUCACCCAAGUGGAGGAAAUCAACCCAGAGCGUGUUGAGACCAGUCUGCAUGUCAUCCAUGCCUUACUGCAGGAACAUGCCGAUAAGAAGCCAAGCUUUAAUGCCAUUUACGAUGAGGUUAAGCAAUUGGCCUUGGGAGCCACUCCCGAAGAGUCGAAUGCCCUGAACGAUGCCUACACCGCUUUGGUGGUGAACUACCAAAAUCUGGAGACUAACAUGCUGCAGAAGAAGGCGGCUCUGGAGAAGUGGACUGAGCUGCUGGGCUGGAAGAACGACACGGAAUCGCAUUUGAACUACCUGAAACACCAGCUUGACAAGCCCGAAGGACCCGCUGCCGAGGAGCUGUCCAAGGUAAUCGAUGAGAUCGACAAUUUAGGUCAGGGUAUUUCCUACUGGAAGGGUCAGGCCAAGGAGAUCGAUGAAAACCCAGCCAUCCAGUUGAGGGAUGCUUUGUCCCGCCGCCCACUGAUUGCCACUCAAAUUGUAAACGAUGUUGAGAAUAAACUGGAGAACUUGAAGCUCCGCUCGCAGAACCAACAGCAGCAACUCCAACAGAUGACCGUACGCAAGGACAAGUUCCAUGCCCUGGAGCACAACUUUGGACAGGCUCUGCAAGAGAAUCGCGCCAAGCUCGACGAGAUUCUCAGACAGCAUCCCACCUUGAACAACAUCGAUCAGAUCAUCGCCGAUCUGGUUGCUCUGAAUGAGGCUUUGAAAUACCAGGCGGAUCUGAAGAAUCGCAUUCAUGACGAAGGUUCUCUGCUGAUGCGUGAGGAUAUUGCCAGCAUGCCUGCCAUUCAGGAGAGCCUUCUUGUCAUGGAUAAGAACUACGAUUCUCUGCAGAACGAGAUUGCCGAUCGCAUUCAGAAGUACAACCUUAUCAGCCAGGCCUUGAGGGAAUAUGCUGACUCCAAGGACAAGUUCUCCAAGGAGCUAAAGAAGGCAGAAGAUUUGUUUAACGCCAUACCUCAACAGCCACGAGAUGAAACCGAACUGCAUCAGGCUUCCGAGAAGACUAGGAAGACCAUGGAGCAGUUGCGCAAAUCCAAGCUUAGUUUGGAUGAACUGGAGCGUCGUGGCAAUAAUGUGGGCAAACUUUUCAGUGCCAUCGGAGAGCCAAUUCCCCAGGAAGUGCCGCAGGAGGUAACAGCUGCUAAACAACACUGGCAGGAUCUGCAUGACAAGACAGCCAAGAACGCCCAUGUCUACGAGACAGAAGCGGUUAUUUGGUCACAGAUCGAGGAUGCCAAGAAGGACCUUCUCCCCUGGUUGUCCGAAACGAACCAGGGACUCUGCGAUGCUGCGGAUAACUCAAUCGAAAUUGAGUUUGGACCCAUGCGUCUGAGCAAGUAUCGCACGGAGUUGCCUUCCUACCAGGCCCUGAAGGAUUCGAUUGUGGAGAAAACAAAUGAUUUGGUGAAGAUCAACAAGGGCGCAGAGAUCCCCGCUCUGUCUGCACUCAAUCAACUCUUGACCGAGCAGUUUGCUGAGGUGAGCAACAAUGCUGAUCGCUUGAGUGCCGUUACCACUUCGUUUAACGAUCAGGAACAAGAGUUGCGCAAACGCUCCAAGGAAGCCGGCGAGAAGGUGAGCAAACUCCGUGAGCAAUUGAUCAAGUGCGACGACAUGUCCGGGGAUAACAACAAGAUCAUGGAACGUCUUCUGCAAUGCCGUGCUCUGCGUGGCGAACUCGACAACAGUGGAAACGAAAUUGACAAUAUCAAGCAAAAGGUCGAUGAGUUGCGCAACCUGUAUCCCACUUUCAGUGAGUCCAUCAUACCCAAGGAGCUGAACAACGUGCAGAAACGCUAUGAGAACGUGGAUCUGUAUGCUAAAAAGAUCGAGAGUUCCCUGCUGCAGUUCCUCAAGAAAUUCCACGCAGACAAAGUGGGCAUGCUGAAGCGCAUCAUUGCUACUCAGCGCGAAAAGGUGGCCUGGUGUCAGCCGGAGUCUUCCAGUGACAAAUACAACCUUGACGUGAAAAAGUCUUCGUUGCAGGAGGUCAGCAAGAGCAUUGAUGAUUGCAAGGCGCGACAUGCCGAGACACUGAAGUCACUGGAGAUGUUGAAGGCUGUGGAGUCGCCACAAAACCUGGCCGAGCUUACCAAGGAUGCUGAGCUUCUACGUAAGGACAUGCAGGCUCUGCAAGAUAGCUUUGACAAAAUCAAGGGCAUCCUCGAUGAGAACGUCGAUUUGUGGUCGCAGUACGAGCAAUCCAAUGAACAGAUUUCCAACUGGUUGCGUGACGUCGAAGGACGCGUUAAGGCAGAGACUAGCAGUCAAGUCAAUCUCCCCGAGGUACCGCAAAAGCUUCAGGAAUUGUCUAUCCUCCAACAGGAUGUCUUGGCCCAUGAGCCCAUAAUCAACAACCUUGAGCAGACAUCCCAACAGCUUAUUGAGAAGAACCCAGAGGCGAGAAUCGGACAGUUUGUCACUCAUCUGGUGCAGCGUUAUCAGGCUGUGUAUAAGGCACUGACUGGCUACAUCGAUAAGAUCCGUAGUGCCCAGUUGUCGAACGCCAACUUCGCUAAGGCAGCCAAGGAUUUCAAUGAGUGGUUCGGGGACGCUAAGAUCGAGUUCCAGGAGCUGGCCCGCAUGGGAUCUCCUGGAUCUUCUUCUGCCACAGCUCAACAGCUUCAGACCGUCAAGAACUACAUCAAGACCUUUGAUAAUGGACAGGUUCUGCUGAAUAAUGCCGUUGAUAUUGGUGAGGCCCUGUAUCCGGUGGUUUCCCCUGAUAAUCGCGAACGUAUACGCUCUGACCUUCGCCAAAUGCGUGAGAAGUUCGACUAUCUGCGAGAUGAGGCCAAUGCAUUCAUGCAGCAAGUUGAGGGUGUUUUGAUUCAAAAGACUUCCAUCGAGGAAAGCUACACUCAGGUUUCGCACUACCUUAACGAAUCGAAGGCUAAGGUUCCCGCCGGUGACGAAUUGUACCCAACCUUGGCCACCAAAAAGGCUGCUCUUCAAAACUACAAAACCCAGCUGCAGGAGAUUACCCUUCACAAGAAUGCCCUGAAGCAAUUGCACGACAAGGCUGUGACCCUUUGCGACGAUGAAUCGGAGAGAAAGACCGACGAGUCCAUUCAAGAGUACAACACACUCUCCAAGAAGAUUUCCGAUAGGAUUACAACCGUGGGUAAUCAUGUGGUAAAGCAUGAGGCUUACGAUCAGGUUUUAGAAAAAGCACAAGAUUGGCUUAAUACCAUUAAAUCCGAAGCCAUUGACAUCCUCAACGAGACCACCUUUGAAAAGGAGGGCGCCGAGGAGAAGCUUCUUGUAGUGGAAAACCUAUUGCAGCACAAGCCGGAGGGUGAUUCCAUUUUCGAUACCUGUCACAAGCUAUUGGAAACGGUGCUCACACAGACCCAUCCCAGUGGUCAUCCAGCUCUGCUCAAGGGCUUUGAGGAACCUAAGCAGUCUUGGGAAGAUUUCAUGACUCUGUGCCAGGACUCCUUGGUAAAACUGAAGCAGCUGUGCUCUAAAUGGGAUGAGUUUGACACGAUCAUUGAAGAGCUUGACAACUGGAUGAAGAAUGUGGAGGCGGUGGUUAAGAACCAGAACCUUAAGAGUACUGCGGAAGCCAAGAAUGCGCAUUUGAAGCAGCUCCAGGAGAUUGCAAAGGACAUUGAACGCCGUGGUGCGGCUAUCAAUGAGCUAAUGGACCAAGGUCGUGAAAUUGAGGGCGAAACCGAUUUGAACCUUAAGUUGUCCCGCCUGAACACUCGCUAUCAGACUCUGAAAAAUCUGUGCAAGGAAUCGAUAGCCAAGUAUGUGAACUAUGUGAAGGACCACGAAAGCUUCGACAACGAUUUCGAUGCAUUCAAGCAGAGCCUUCAGGCUUCGGUCGACGAUUUAGCUAAGGCCACUGACAUCGUCGGUGAUCAGAGCGUGCUGCAGGAACAGCAGAACAAGCUCCGUGAGAUGUCCGACAAGCGCUUAUCCGACUCCACUCUCUUCGAGGGUCUCAUCGAUCGCGGAGAGAAGCUCUAUGGUCACACCAGUCCGGAAGGCCGUGAAAUCAUCCGUCAGCAGUUGCGUUCGCUGCGCACCCUGUGGGACAACUACACCGAUGACUUGAACUCGGCCACACAAAAGAUAGAUCAGUGUCUGCUGCAGUUCAACGAGUUUAGCAUUGCCCAGGAUCAGCUCACCAAGUGGCUGAAGGAUGUGGACAAGGCCAUGCAGAGCCACACCGAACCGAAGACGACUCUGCAGGAGAAACGUGCCCAACUGCAGAAUCACAAGCUGCUCCAUCAGGAAAUAACCACGCACAAUGUUCUUGUCGAUAAUGUCUGUGAUAAGGCUCAGAUCCUAGUGGAUCAGAUCAAGGAUAACUCGUUGAAUGUGUACCUGGCCUCGAUCAAGCAGCUGUUCCAGAACAUUGUCCAAAAGUCCGAUGAGAUAUUGCACAACCUGGAGGAUUGUGUCCAGAAGCAUAAUGAAUUGAACAAUGCCUUAUCCUCGGCCAAGACCUGGAUCUCGAAUGAGAAGGCUAAGUUGCUGGAGUGCGAUGAUGCCUAUGGCGAGAAGGCUGACAUUAAGCGCAAGAUUGAAACCUUGGGACAGUUGGCUCAGAACAAACCACAGGCCUUGAAGUUGAUCAGCGAUAUACGUGAUCUCUUUGAGAAGGUAAAGGCCACGACCUCCGAGAAGGGCAACGAAGUGCUGGACAAGGAGAUCGAGGAGCUGGAGACCACCAUGAAGAGUCACUUUGAUGACAUCGAGGGCAUUGAGGGCAAGCAGAAGGAUGUUCUUGCCCAGUGGGACAAAUUUGAGAAGGCAUUGGAAGAACUUACCAAGUGGUGCCGCAAUGCAGAGGCUGUUUUCCGUGAGCAGCAGUUGAAAUCAACGCUCCACGAGAAAGUGGAACAGCUGGAGAAGUAUAAGAUCCAAAGGGAACUGAUUCUUCAAAAGGAGAAAGAGAUCGAUGCCUUUGGAGAUGCUGCCCAUGCUCUGCUGAACAACUGUGGAGCCGAUCGUCUGAAGACACUAACCACCCAGAUCACCAAUCGCUAUCAGCUGCUUCAGGUUCUUAGCAAGGAAGUGGUCAACCGCUGGUCCAACCUGGUCGAUGAUCACCAGUUCUACCAAGACAAGUACAACGAGGUGGACUUGUGGUUGCAACCCAUUGAAGCGCAGAUGGAGAAGGUCCUUUUGGAUGAGCCUACCCAGAGUUCGAACAUUCUUCAAAUCCUGCUCUCUGAAAAAGAGCAAGCUGAGAGCUUGUUCGCUGCUUUGAAUGCAGCUGGAGAGAAGGCUCUGCCGGAGACUUCAACUCAGGGCAGGGAGAAGAUUCGCAAGGACCUGCGUGAUAUCCGUGAUCGUUGGGACAAACUGGACGAGGGCAUCCGUAACCUAGAGAAACGUCAGGAGGCCCAGGGUGUUCAGCUCUCCAGCUAUCAGGAUAUUCUCAAUCAAACAGUCAACUGGUUGGAUCAAGUGGAGAAACUUCUUCACAAUGAAAGCCCAGCUACCUGGACCAGCGCCCAGGAAAUCCGCUCGAAGUUGUACAAGUACAAGGCCACCAAUCAGGAUAUCAACUCCCAUAAACGCAUCGUUGAGGCAGUGAACGAAAAGGCAGCAGCCCUUCUGGGAAGUGCAGCUCCUGCUAAUGCAGAUGAAAUCUCCAAGGCGGUUGCCGAGGUGAACAAGCGCUAUGAGCAAGUGGGUCAAGACUGUGCCAAAUUAGUUGCCGAUCUAGACGGAGCUUUCGAUGUCUACCAGCAGUUCAGUGAGCUGCAGAAGGCCCAACAGGACUACCAGAAGAAUCUUUGGGAUCGUCUCACCGGUUACUCUGACUACUCAGGUAACAAAGCAGCCCUGCAAGCCCGUCUUCAAAAGAUCAACGAAAUUCAGGAUGCCUUGCCGGAAGGAGUUGCCAAACUUAAAUCCCUCGAGGAUCACAUUGAGCAACAGGCUAGUAAUAUUCCCGCCCGGUCCAAGGAGGCUAUGGCCCGUGAUCUGGCCAACUUGCAUGCUGACUUUGAGAAAUUCGGUGCUUCUUUGAGCGACGUUAAGAGUGGACUGGAGAAUCGCCUUCAACAAUGGAAUGAUUACGAGGUCAACUUGGAUCGCCUGAUCAAUUGGUUGGGUGAGGCGGAGAAUGCUCUGAAGAACUACAAUCUGAAAUCUUCGUUUGAGGAGAAGGAAGAGCAGCUGAAUCGCUUCCAGUCGUUGGCUCAGAAUUUGCGUCAAAACGAAGCUGACUUUGACAAGAUGAAGGACGAUACCUCGGAACUGGUGCAAAGUUCUGGUGAAACCAGGAUUGCUGUAAAUGUGCAACAGGUCUCCUCCCGAUUCCAAUCGAUACAGGCCACCGCCAAGGAGAUCCUUAAGAAGUGCGAGCAGGCUGUCCAAGAUCAUGCCCACUUCAAUGACAAGUACAAGCAGUGUGCCGAUUGGUUGGCUAAUGCCCAGGCACGCUACGAUGAUUGCUGCGAUUUGUCCACAGUAGCAUCUCGUGACGAUCUUCUGAAGAAACAACUGGUUAUCCAGGAGCUUCUGGCUCAGCAGCCCACUGCUACUCAGCUUCUGAAUAGCACCGUUGAACUGGGUGAAAAGUGCUACGGAUCCACCGCAACGGAAGGCCGUGAGGCCAUUCGCAGUCAACUGGAUGAUCUGACAUUCGACCAGUUGUUUGACAACAUUGCCAUCACAGCGAGAAAGAUUCAGGACAAAAUCGCCAAAUGGUCUGGCUUUGAUGAGAUCGCUGACACCCUCAAGAGCUGGUUGGAAGAAACAGAGAAUGCUCUUCCUGCUGAUAUUGAGCUGAAAACAACGUUGGAUGAGAAACGCACUAAACUGCAGACCUAUCGUGACAUCCUCAAUGACAUCAACAACCACCAGGUGGAGUUGGGUAAUCUUCAAGAGAUUGCCGCCAAUCUGCCAGAGAAGACGGACCUUGUAGAUCAAAUACUUAAGGACAUUUCUGAUCGAUUUGGAAAACUUCAGAAGCGAGCACAGAACUACGUGGAACGCUAUGAAGGAAUUGUGAGUGCCCAUCAGCAGUACUCCAAGGCUGUGAUGGAUGCUCAAGAGUUCAUCGAUGCCACCCUCAAUACGGUUCACUAUUGGGGAGAUCUGGAUCUGGAACAGAUCUCACUGCACACUAAUCUUGAUCGUCUAAAGAAUCUGAAGGCCAGCUUGGCCGAUGAAUUCCCUCGAGUCGAUCAAGUUAGGGCUUUGGGCGAGAAGGUCAUUCCGGGAACAGUGGAUGUGGGACAGGUAAACAUCAAGUCACAGAUCGAUACCACCCAGCAGGAAUGGGAGAGUCUACUGACCGCCAUCAGCUCGACCAUCGAGGCCAUUGAAGCGCGCCUACAGCACUGGUCAGAGUACGAGCAAUUGCGCGACCAAUGUUUGGCUUGGAUUCGUGAUACGGACAACAACCUUCACGCCAUCGAUCUCAAGGAGGAUCUGCCAAAGAAGCGUGCUCAGUUGGAUGCACUGAAGGCACUUCAAGGAGACGUACGUGCCAAGGAAUUGGAGGUGGACAAUGUCACAGAAAAGGCUCAGACCCUGCUGAAGGGACCAACCAGCAAUCGCGCUUCGGGUCCCGAGCUGGUUACCAAGUACCAACAAAUCUUCCACAAGGUCAAGGAGCUGAACAACCGUUGGCAGCAGUAUGUUGCUUCUCAUGAAGAUUUCGACAACGCCAUCUCCGAUUGCUCCUCUUGGAUCAAUGAUAUCAAAGAGAAAUUGGACUACUGCUCUGACAUGUCAUCCAUGAGUCCCAAGGAACUCGACAAGAAACUAGCCACUAUUCAAGACGUUAUCUUGCUAAAGGACGAAGGUUCGGCUCGUGUCUUGAAGAUCCUCGAGCAGGCUCAGCACGUGUUGGCCAACACAGCUCCCGGAGGACAUGAAGCCAUAAAUAAGGAACUCACAGAUCUCCAGGAUCUCUGGUCAGGAAUUGCUUUGCGUAUCAUGGAUGUGAAAUCAAACCUGGAUGACUCUAUUACUCAAUGGUCUGGUUUCCUGGAUCAAGUGCAAAAUGUGCGCAAGUUCAAUGAGUGGCUAGAUGGUCUGGUCAAGGAGUUGAGUGAGCAUCAGACAACCAUGACAGAGAAGAGAGCUCAGUUGGAUCGUGUUAAAUCUACGGAGGAGAAGGUUCGCGUAGAGAAGAUCGAUGUGGAUGCCCUUAAGGUCCAGGCCAAGGAGAUGAUUGCCAGCGGUCAACAAAGUCAGGCUGCCUUCCAAGCUCAAAAGGUGCUAGAUACCUUCGAUGAACUCUUCGCCAAGACCCAGAAACUGCUGUCAGAUCGUCAGGAUCAGUAUAGGGAUCAUCGUUUGUUCAAGGAGGCCUACGACGAUUUGGUUAGCUGGAUUGGUCGUGCCCGCGAGAAGUUCCCUUCGUUGAAACAGAGCAGCUUAAGUGAUAAAUUGGCCAUCGAAAAUGCUGUCCAAGCUACGGAAGCUCUUCUUAACAAACAAGCUCAGGGUGAACUUCUGGUCGAACACUUGGUCCACACCGGAGAAGUGGUGCUAGCCAGUACCUCUUCUCAAGGGCAAGAGAUCAUCAGGAAUGAUAUCCGUGCCCUGCGCGACAGCUUCGAGGGUUUGUUCCGUGAAAUCAACCAACAGAAGGAGAACCUCGAGGUCACCAUGGUGCAGUGGCGGGCCUAUAAGGAGGAGUAUGAACGGCUGAUAGAAUGGUUGCAGCAGAUCGAUAUUCUUGUGAAGAAUCACAAGCUGAACCUGUGCCCCAAUCUUCCAGAUAAGGAGAAGCAGGUGGCUGAUAUGAAGGAAGUGAUGUCACGUCUUGAGAAAGGCAAGGAUGAUAUCGAUAAGUUCAAUGCUUCGGCUGCCAGUUUGCUUAAGUCCCACCUGGAUACCUAUGUGAACAAUCAACUGAGGCACUUGGGUUCCGUCUAUCAAGUUCAGGUCAACCUGGCCAAGGAUGUCCUUAAGAAAGUAGAAACCAACCGCGAUCAGCAUCGUGAAUACGAUGCUAAUAUGAAGUCUGCCAAGGAUUGGAUAGCCAAUGCGAAGUCCGUGAUUCAGUCGGCAGGCGAGGGAGCUGGUUCCAAGGAGGCUCUGCAGCGUCGCCUGGAGCAAAUCCAGGAUUUGAUUCGCAACCGUGAGGUCGGCCAAAAUUUGGUUCACACCGCAAUCAAUAAUGGUGAGAAGAUAAUCCGAAACACUCGCUCCGAUGGUCGUGAUGCCAUUAAUAGCGAGAUGAAGGAACUCCAGACGGAAUGGGAUCGCCUGGUAAAGAAAAUGUCCACAGCCAAGGUGCAGCUGGAGACGAACCUGCUGCAAUGGGCUGACUACAGUUCCAGCUACUCACAGUUACAGCAAUGGAUCACCGAUAGGGAGGCCAAGUUGCAGCAGGCCUGCGAACAGAAGAUCGUUAAAUCCAAGAGGGGUCAACCUGGUCUCAGCAGUGGCUUGAGCGAACGCAAGGCCAAUCUCCGCCAGACGAACAACAUUGUCCAGGACAUCGUGUCCUUCGAACCCAUGAUUCAAUCGGUUACCUCCAAGGCUUCGGUUCUGCAGCAAGGCGCUCCGGGCACUGAGAUCUCCGAUAAGUACGAGAAUCUCACCAAGCAGGCCAAGGAUCUGUAUGAAAAGCAGAAGAACACCAUCGAAAGCUAUCAGUCUUUGAUUGAUGCGGGCAAUGAGUUUGCCACGUGGCUGAGGAAUGCCAAGGAACGUUUGAGCAAGUGCUCUGAGCCCACGGGAGAUAAACAAGCUCUGGCCGAGAAGACACACCAACUGAAGAUUCUGCAGGGUGAGCUGCCCGAAGGUGCCCAGAAACUGAAGAAUGCUCUGGAGCAGGGUGAAAUCGCUUGUCGCAGUGCAGAGCCUGAGGAUUGUGAAAUCAUCGAACAGGAGGUGGCCCUGCUUCAGGAGGAAUUCGAUGCUUACAGGGAAGCCCUUAAUAAGGCCAAGGAUUAUCUGGAGGUGGGCAUUGUCAAGUGGUCAGACUACCAGGAUCAGUACACCGAAGCUCUGGAGUGGUUAAGCAAGACCGAAGCUCUGGUGCAAUCCUACAACAAGCUGCAGGAUAGCUUGAUCCAGAAGAAGGUGGUCCUUGAGCAAUUCCAGGGACAUCUGCAGACCCUGUUCGACUGGCAGAAGACUCUGGACGAUCUGAACAUGAAGGCUCAGGUUCUGCUGGAGACUUGCUCCGACACAAGGAUCAGUAAUGCCAUCAUGCAGUUGACCACCAAAUACAAUGCUCUACUGACCCUGGCCAAGGAAGUGAUGCGUCGUCUGGAGAUGCACUACCAAGAGCAUCAGCAGCAUCACAGUCUGUACGAGGAGUGUCAAUCUUGGAUUGAGAAGACCCGCGAGAAGCUUUCCGAGUGCGAGCAAAUUCCCGGAACUCUUAACGAAGUUCAAAUCAAAUUGAACACCGUGAAGAAUCUCCGUCAAGGCUUUGAAACCGGUCAGAACAAGCUGCGUUACCUUUUGGAGUUGAAGGAAAAGGUCAUAAUGAACACAGAACAGAAUGGAGCAGCCAAGAUCCAGGAGGACACCGAAUCCCUCAAACAGGACUUCGACAAACUUUUGGUGGACCUCAACGAUGUGCGCCAGAAAUUGGCCAACCGCCUGGCCCAGCUGGAGGAGAUCUUCAAGCUUUACAAGAUCUUGGUCGAAUGGCUGGAGGAUGUGGAGCCUAGUGUCAAGGCCAGUGAUGAGUUCCUCAAUGAUUUGAGUGAGAAGCGCGCUGCGCUGGAGAAAUUCCGCGUCAUUCAGCGUGACAUAAAUGGCCACAAUGAUAUUGUGGAGAAGAUCAAUCAGCGUCUCAAGGAGGACAACAGCUUGGAUGUGAAUGACUUCCAACCGGGUCUGGGCAAAUUCGAUGAGCUGCAGACGCAGGUCAACAAGAUCAUUGAGUCGCUGGAGAACCAAGUGAAUAGCCAUGAGAAAUACAAGCAGGCUUACAAUGAGCUGCAGGAUUGGCUGCGUCGCACUCGCAUCGAGGUGGAGCAGUGUGCCGACUGCCAUGGCGAGAAGGAUCAAGUGGAGAGCCGUCUCAAUAGACUGGGAGACCUGCAGUCCGCCUCCUUGGAGGGCAAGUCUCUGCUGGAAGCCUGCGAAGAACUAAGUCAGGCGGUGAUUGCCACCAGCGGAAGCGAAGGCCAGGACAAUGUGGCCCAGGAGAUCAAGCAUCUCACCUCGGAGUGGGAAACGCUCCAGGCUCUGUCCCGCGAUGCUCGCAGCAGCCUGGAAUCUUGCCUGGCCGCCUGGCAGACCUUCCUGCAGAAGUUUAACAAGAUCAACCUUUGGAUCGAAACGAUGGGCAAGCGCGUUACCAAAUCCCAGGAAGGCGAAAACAAGACUCCCGAAGAUUUGGUUAAUGCCAAGAAACUGCUUGAGGAAGUGCUGGCCGAAAAGGACAAUGUGGAGGACCUGAACGAUAACUGCGAGUUGCUCAUGGAACAGAGUGCCUGCACUCGCAUUCGGGAUCAGACCAUCGAAACUCAGGCCAACUAUACCAAGCUGUUGACUUCCGCUCAGGGAUUGGUGGCCAAGAUCGAGAAGAACCUAUCCGAUCACACUGAGUUCCUCAACUACAAGAAGGAAAUGGAUGCCUGGAUAGAGAAGGCUCAACAGGUCCUUGAUGAUUGCUCCACGGAUGGUGAUGCUGCUAUCAUUGCCCAGAAACUGGAUACCGUCAAUUCCUUGGCUUCUCGUCUGCCCGAGGGUCAGCAUCUGUUGGCCUUGGUGCAGGACGCCUACUCCAAGGCUUCAAACAUCACUCCUGAGGAUAAGCAGGAGAAGCUGCGGGAACUGAUGACCAAGGUCCGUGAGGACUGGGAUGCCCUGGGUCUGGCGGUCAAGCAGAAGUUGACCGAUCUGAAGCAGGCUCAAAAUCGUUGGAACGACUUUGCUGCCAACAAGGAUAAGCUGGAGAAGUGGCUGAAUGAAACGGAGAAGACUCUAAAGGUGGCUCCGGAAACCAAGGGCGAACUGAGCGAGAUGAAGACCCUGCUAGAGCGCUACAAGACCCUUUCGAAUGAACUGAAACAGAAGGGCAACGACCUGGAGCAGCUGCAGUCAGAGGCUCGUGAUUUGGGCACCGAAGUGGAUGCAGUGAAUCGCCUGCAGUCCCGUUGCGACAAGCUCAAGAACGAUUGCUCCGCUCACAUUGCCUCGCUGGAACAGGAGAUGUUCGACUACAAUGCCUACCACCAGAGUCUCCAGGAUGUGGAGAAGUGGCUGCUGCAGAUCUCCUUCCAGCUGAUGGCCCACAAUUCGUUGUUCAUCUCGAACCGCGAGCAAACGCAGGAGCAGAUCAAGCAGCACGAGGCCUUGUUGGGUGAAAUUCAGAAGUAUCAGACCAACUUGGAUGACUUGAAUGCCAAGGGUCAGGCGCAGAUUAAGCGCUACGAGACCUCCACUCCGGCCAUUCGUCCCACAGUCGAAUCCCAGCUGAAGAAUAUCCAGGACAGCUACAACUCCCUGCUGCAGACCUCUGUGCAGAUCAAGAACCGCCUGCUCGAAUCGCUGGCCAAGUUCCAGGAGUACGAGGACACUUUGGACAGCAUUAUGCGUAACCUGGAGACAUACGAGCCCAUUAUCCAGACCGAACUUGAUGCCCCGGCUACAAGUCUGGAGUUGGCCCAAAACCAACUGAGAUGUGCCCAGGAAAUGCAGAACAAGUUGAACAAUGAGAAGUCCCGACUGGCAGCCGCCGUUCAGGCUUGUGAGGCAGCCACUGCCUCCAUAAGUCGUCCCAGUUCUCCACUGGAGACUGCCAUGCAGGCCAUUCCCGAAAGGGAGCUCAUUGUGCGCGCCAAGUUGGAGGAUCUGCUGGAUCAGAAACCGCCUCCAAAGACUCGGAGCUCAACCGAAGGUGUCAACACAGAUGAUGAUGAAGACGAGGAUGAUGUUGAGAUUCAGGUUGAGCUCAGCGAUGUGAAUGAGGCGCUUUUGGAUCCGAUUGCCCACGAGCGUGUCAGCAACUAUCGUAAGAUAGUUCGCCUGAAUAGCGCCCAUGUGGGCAAGCUGAAUGAACUAGUUGCUAAGGUGCAAUCCCACUUGGGUGGCUUGACUGCGUCCGUUAGCGAACUGGAGCAACAGCAGAAGCAGCGCGCCGAGCUGCAGGAUUGGGUGAAGAAGCAGCAGAGCUCUGUCUCGGACUGGAUGAUGCGUCCUUGCAAACUGCGUCCCGAGGCAGCCCAGCAGGAGCUGGUGUCCAUGAACGACUUGUUGAACUCCAUCGGUGACAAGCGAUCUCAGCUGAUGCUGGAAAUGACAGGAUCAUUGGGCGACGAAGACACCGAUCUGGAUGACAACAUUGACAAACUGGAGUCGGAACUCAUGGACGCCAUUGCCAAGAAGCAGGCUGGCCAGAAUGUCAUCGAUGGCUAUCGCCAGGGAAUGGCUGAUGUCCAGAACUGGUUCGAUACCCUCAUCAAACGCAUGGACGUUCUGGAUCGCGGCUCUGGCCUGAACUGUGCCCAGAAGACGGCGGCCAUUAAUGAGAUCAAGAACGAGUACGAGCUGCAGGGUCACCCCAAGAUUCAAGAGCUCAAGGGCAAGGCCUCGCAGGUGGCGGAGGUCAUCAGCAAUCUGGAUGGCCAGCAGGUGGAGGAGCAAAUGAAGUCUCUGGAUCGUCGUUUUGCCGAUCUGGGCAAGCGCAUCGAUCGCAAGGCCCAACUCCUGGAUGUGACCAACAAGGGAGUGGAGGGAGCCAAGGGCGAGAUUGACCAGCUCCAGAAUUGGGUGAAGCAGCAGAUCGAGGAGCUGCAGGCCCCCACUCCCUUGGGCUACACGCCCAAGGAUGCCGAGGCGCGCCAACAGAAGAUCAAGAGCCUGAUGAAGGACGCCGAGGCCAAGCAAUCCCUGGCCGAUGUCCUGGAGAAGCGCGUGGCCAACAUGCAGCAGGAGUUGGAGCCCGUUGAGUACUCCCAGCUGGAGUCCGCAUUGCGUAAUCUCAACUCUGAGAACCGCAAUCUAUCGGGAGUCCUCAAGGCGGAGCUGGAACGUGCUCUGGAGGCCAGCAAGGCUCGCAAAUCCCUGGAGAACGAUCUGGACAAGGCCCGCCAGUGGCUGAAGACCAAGAUCUCCGAGGUGCGCAAGCUGCCGGUGUAUCACCCACUCACCUCCACUGAGAUCGAGAAGAAGAUCCAGGAGAACCGGAAGUACGAUGACGACGCCAAACAGUUCAACGACAGUGUUUUGACCGAUGUUCAGCGUCAAGCAGCCAACAUAAUGAAGGAUUGCGAUGAUGCCGAUAAGGCUGCACUGCAGCAGAUCCUGGAUGAGAUCGCCGCCGAUUACCAGACCCUGAAGGAUGAGAGCAGCAAGCGAGGCAAGUCCCUGGAUGAUCUCCUGCAGGGUCGCAAGGCUUUCGAGGAUUCGAUGAAGAACAUGGGCGAUUGGUUGAACGAAAUGGAAACCGCCACCGAGGGUGAGCUGCGUACCACCAGUCUUCCUGUUCUGGAGGAGCAGUUGGCCCACUACAAGAAGCUCCUGAAUGAUGCCGAGAACAAGGGCGGACUCAUCAACGACGUGUCCGAGCAAGGAAAGAGCAUCCUGCCCACUUUGAGCAAUGCGGAUAAGCUGAAGCUCAACGAUGACAUCAAGAACAUGAAGGAUCGUUAUGGCAGGAUCAAGAACACCAUCGAUGAUCGUGUGAAUGCCCUGGGCGAUCACAUCAAGAAGUACAAGGAUGCCAAGAGCAGGUUGGCCGAUUGCAGCCAGUUCUUGGGCACCAUUCAGCAGAAGCUCAGGGAACUGAAUCGCCCCAUUGGCUCGAGGAUUGAAGAUGUCCAGGAUCUGUUGGGCGCCUACGAGGGCAUACUCAAGGAGCUCAAGGACAGCAAGAGCAAGAUGGGCGACAUGCAAAUGGACGACUUGCCAGAGCUGCAGAGCAUUUUGGCCCAGCAGGAUGACAUGAUUAAGCUGAUUGAAGACCAGUUGGCCCAUCUGCGCCAGCUCCUCCUGCUCCGCGAGCAGUUUAUUGCCUUGAUCAACGAGAUCAUUGCCUUUAUCAUGAAGUACACCGAUGUUAUCAUUGACAUUGAGAACUCGCCCGACAGUCUGGAGGAUAAGAUCAACAAGUACGACGAUGUCAUUGUGAAGAUUCAGGAGUGCGAGGGUGUCCUGGCCUCGGCCAAUGACAAGGGCCAGAAGAUCGCCUCCGAGGGCAAUGCUGCCGACAAGAACAGCAUUACCGAGCAACUGCAGUCCCUAAAGAAUCAGCUGCAGAAUCUCCGCAAGGCGGUGGAAUCGCAGCGCCAGAAGCAUCAGCUGCAGCUGGAAUCCCACAAGAAGAUGGCCGCCGAGCUGAGCGAGAUCCUCGAUUGGCUGCACAGCCAUGAGGGAGCUGCCAAGUCGCGUCCUCUGCUGGAUCGGGAUCCCGAAUCCGUGGAGCGGGAGCUGCAAAAGCACCAGGCUCUCAGCCAGGACAUUGAAGCGUACCUCAACAAGUUCAACAAGAUCAAUGAUGGCGUCAAGACCGAAGUUGGCAUGCCCAGUUCCCUGUUGGAAAUGCUCUCCGAGGGCAGAUCCCUGGUUGCCUCCCUGCCCCACGAGCUCGAGGAGCGCGAGAAGUACCUGAAGAACAACCGCGACUCGCGUUUGGAGUACAUGCAGCUGGUGGCCAAGUUCAAUGACUGGGUCCACGAGGCGGAGUUGCGCCUGCAGAACAGCCAGCACGGCAUCGACUACGAGCACCUGGUCCAGGAUCUCGACGAGCACAAGAUCUUCUUCGGCAACGAGGCGCCCAUCCGUAACCUGGUGCACAAGCAGAUCCAAGAGGCCGCCGACAAGAUCUGGUCCUCGCUGAACAACUACGAGCAGUCGGAGCUCUCGGCGGAGCUGGCUCAGUUCCAGACCAAGUUGACCAACACCCUGGCCAAUGCCAAGACCCAGCAGAGCGAGCUGGAGAAGGAGGCGGAGCGCUGGCGGGAGUACCAGCAGUCCAUCGAUCGCGUCAAGGCCACCAUCGAACGCACCCAGUUCAGCGAUGAGCCUGUCCAGAACCUGGCCGGUCUGCACUUCAACAUCCAGAAGCUGUCUCAUGCUAUUGGCAAUGUGCAGAGCCAGAACAGCGAUCUGACGCUAGUCAACCAGCAGGCCCAGUCCCUCAUCCGCCAGGCCGACGCCCGGAACCGCCAGCUGAUCGAGCAGGACAACGCCGCCUUGAACCGAGCGUGGCAGGACCUGGUGCGCAGCUUGGAGCAGCGACGCGACAACCUGCAACAGUUGGCCGAGCAUUGGGACGGCUUCGAGAACAGCCUGCACGCCUGGGAGAAGGCUCUUGGUCGACUGGAGGACAAGUUCCGCAAUGUCGAUCCGACUGUAAGAUCCCGACGUCACUUGGAAGAUACGAAGAAUGCCAUUCAGGAACUGCGUGAAGAAUCAAAUCAACUUAAAUCAUCACAUAAAGAAAUCGAGGCGCUCUCUAAAUCCAUCCUCACAUUCCUUGGGGAAGUACACCAACCCUCGGCGGAGGCCAUACAGGCCAAAGUGGAUAAGUUAGUCGACCUGCAGGCCAAAUUGAACGACACUCUGCGCGAUAAGGAGCAGCAGGUUAGCAAGGAUCUCGAGGAGAUCGAGCAAGUCUUCCGUCGCAUCUCGCAGCUGCAGGAUAAGCUGAACGCCCUCCACGACCAACUGCAAUCGGUCCACGUGUACGACGAGCACAUCUCGCAAACGGAACAGCUCCUGAUCACCUUGAACAGCCAGGUGCAGCAGGCCGCCGAGGAGAGCAGGUCACUGGUGGCCCAGACGACGGCCUACUACCAGGCCAAGCAGAACCAGCUGCCCAGCGACAUUGCCCAGGAGUUCACGGCCCUCGAGCUGCUGGCCGAGCGCGUCCAGGUGACGAUGGAGACCAAAGAGAAGGAUUUCAAGCGGGCCAAGACCGUGCGCACCGAGUAUGUGGCCGGCGUGGACGAGAUCCAGCGCUGGCUGCUGCAGGCCGAGGUGCAGGUGCAGGAGCGCAGCCUCACGCCCACACAGAUGAAGGAGCUGCUGCAGCGCAUCAACCACGAGAUCACCGCCAUCUACGAGCGCUUCACCCUGGUCAAGACCAACGGCCAGCUGAUCAUCGAGAACUGUCGCAACAGCGAGGAGAAGACGCUGGUGCAGACGACCAUCGAUCAGCUGGCCGCCUCGCUGGCCCAGGUGCGCGGCUGGCUGGACGAGAAGAAGCAGGCGGUGGGCGACAGCCUGGACGCGUGGACGAGGUUCAUGAACCUCUACCAGAUCGUGAUGUCGUGGGCUGCCGAGAAGCGCACCUUCAUCGACCAGACCAUCGAGCUGCGCACCCUGCCCGAGGCGAGGAACAAACUGAACGACUAUGUGACGGCUGUGAAGAGUAUUAAACCGAUUGUGAAGCAUCUGAGCGAAAUGGACAAGGAGCUGGAGCACAUUGGCCAGGUGACCACGGUGGGCGAUCUCAAGGACAAACUGCAGGAGGCCGAGGAUGCGAAGAUAUCCGUGGAAGCGGUGCUGCUAGAGAGGAACUCCCUGCUGCAAGAGGCCUGCGAGGAAUGGGACCAAUGCGAACGCAAGAUCAAGGAUAUACGCUCCUGGCACGAGAAGACGAAGCAGAGCCUGGACUCCUCGCAGCAGCAGAAGAAGCCGCUGCGCGACCAGCUCGGCUUCUGCGAGAAGACCCUGGCCGACAUUAAUGUGCAGAAAACGAAGCUGAGGCUGUCCAUCGAGAAACUGGAGGUGCACUUCCGCAACGGCAUGGGCGGAGAUCCCCGGCUGAGCGAGAAUGUCGAUGAGCUGGUGCGCGUGCUCGACGGCCUGGGCGAGCUGGUCAAGACCAAGUCGCAGAGCCUCGAGCAGACGCUGGCCCAGAUCGACGUGUACCAGCAGCAGAUGCAGACCCUGCGCCAGCGCAUCAUCCAGGAGGAGCAGCAGCUCCGCCUGGUGAUGGCGCCCACGUACUUGCCGCACGAUCGCGAGCGCGCAUUAGCCGAGCAACAGGCAAUGCGGGAAUCUAUCGAUGGCAUGCAGCAAGUCUACGAUGCGACCGCUCGAAAGUCCUAUGUGCUGGACCCCCAUUCAGUAGUGAGCACUUCGUCGACUGUCUCGUUGCUUAUGAAGCCAACGGCGGCAGUGGGUCUGACCUAUGCUGAAGUGCUGUCAGGACAUGCGAGUCCGGUAAGCGGCGCCAAUGAACCGGUAACGAAUCCCCGACCAGAAAGAGACCCCUCCACAACGACGACGACCUCAUCGACGACCCGGCAGCAACAAACGAACGAUACUCAGAACCGGACCACUGUCACAACUGUUACGACAACCACAACCAAGACUUCGAGACGUACGCACGGGGAUGGGGCCCAGAGCCAGGAGCGAUACGAGCUCAAUGGCGGCGGCAGCACCAUUUCCACGGCGGUCUAUGAGCGCCACCAACAGGUUACACCACCCAGCAGCGACAACACCCCAACCUCAGUUCCUAGCACAACGACAACGACCACGACAACCAGCAACCCCAACACUCAGUUCAUCGAAAGCGAGCAGAAGCACCAGCCUCAGGCGAAACCGGGUAAGAAACUCCAACCUCCGCGGCCGGAGCGAAGAGGUCGCUCGCCCAGACGACGACCUCAGACCCAUCCCGAGCCCCAAGCGCCACCACAACCCGCCAUCGAGAUUCAAUUGGAGCAGCAACCCCAGCAACGGGAACAACUCUUCUUGUCCAUCGACGACCGGACUAGAUCUCGUAGCCCCAUGUGGGUGCCCGGCUCCACUUCCUAUGCCGAAGUCCUGCGCGGCCUGGAACUGGAGCGCCUCAAGGCCGAACAGCUGGCCGCCCAGGCAGUUCAGGGCCGCACGGAUCUUACCAUUCAGGAUGUGGUGGAUGCCAGCGCAGCCGUGGCUUCAGGCGGUAUAUACGUACCCGAGCCCGAACCGGAGCCCAUCAAGGAAGUGCAGCAGCAACCACAACUGGAACAGUACAUCAGCGAAACCAACACACAACUUGAUUACUCCUCCCCGCAGCAACAGCAGUUGCAGCAACAGCAACAGCAACCACUAAUUCAACAGCCACCCAAGACCCUCAGUAACUACGAAGUGCCCAUGACAGCGGAAGAGAUUGCAGCCACCUACUUGCAGCCCGAUCCGCAGUUGUACCAGACCAUGUACGAGAACGUGGCCGACAGCGGUCAAUGGGGCUAUGUGACAGGAUCUGCCACAGAACCGCAGCAGCAGCAGCAGCAGUCGCAACAGAACUACUACGAGCAGAUCAUGCAGAUGCAGUAUCCCAUACAGUACCAGCAGGUGGCUGUGCCGCCAGCGACAACGCAGUAUCAGCUCCUGACCGGUUACUAUCAGCCGGUGGCUCAGAACGAAGCCUACUCCACGGUUUACCCCGCUGAUCCAAAUCAGGUUUACUAUACCCAGCAAACGACCGAGUACACGCAGGAAUACCCCCAGCAACAGCAGCAACCCGAACCUUUGCAGGACUACCCGCAGGAAACGGUAGAGCAGACCUAUCUGCUUGACCCCUACUCGACCACGGGCAACAGCGUGCUGGAUCGCGUUGUUACCACGCUGGCCUCUAUGGUUCAGCAGAGUGCCACAGAGCCCCUGACCACCAGCAGCCAGCAAAUCCAACCGGAGGUAGUCCCCAGCGAGCCGUACUACAUUGAAGAGCAUGUUCACAUGCUGCGACCUGUGGAACCGCAGGAGUUUGAGCUGGACGAGCCGCGACCGGAUAUUACCUUUGGUCAGUUCGAUGUCGAUGCCAUCGAAACCAUACCGUUGGAUGAGCCACAAGCUACUCAGUCCCUGGUCGAGCCCCGGCCUCAAGUUCAAUCUCAGCCUGAUAUUACGACAACCAGCUAUGUAACAGAGACGACAGUUGUCUCCGAACAGAUACAGCCCACUGUGAUAUUGCAACAGACUCAGGAAGUCGUCGCAGUCCCCGAAGCCCCGCAAAUUCCGGAAGUUCCCACAACGGUGACGGUCCACCCCCAGCCUCAGAGGCGAAGCCACAAGCAGGUCCGGCCCCAGGACAUCAGUACAGGCAGCACUUACGCCGAAGUCCUUUUCGGUCUCCAGCACGCAGAGCAUCCAGUUUUCCAGCCAUCCAGUCAGCAACCGACCCCAGUGCGCCUUACGUCCUCGCCGCCCUUGCAGCGCAAGCCAGAGCAGGCUACAAUCAGUACUGCUACCUUUACCAACAGAACCAAUCAGCAACCUAGACAUGCCGAGAAAUCGCCAACAUGGGAACGCAAGAUUGAAAAUGCUGAGUCGCGCACAUCGCGCACCAAGAGAGUCAGACACGAACCUCAGCCAGAACCAUUGCCUAUUAGACAGAGUACUAGGAAAGAUGGUAGGGGUAAGAAGUCCCAGUCGCCCGAUAGAAAUGGUGUGGCUCCGGUAGAGAGCAAACCAGUUGUUGAUGCACCCAUUCCCACUCCGGUGGUUGAAGAGGCUUCCAAGCCAGAGCCAAAGCCAAGGAAAUCAAAGAAGCCGAAGAAGUCAACCGAUAGUGAGGUCAUCCCGAUUGCUCAGCCAAAGGAGGAACCGGCUACCACUAUUUCAGUGCCAUCUAAGAAGGAUAAGAAGCAACCCCAGCCUUUUUUGGAGAAGAAGGAAACGGUGGUGGAGACAAUUGUGAUAAAGGAAGUAAUUGAACCUGCUGUUGAGAUCAGUCAGCCAACAGAAACAGCUCCAGUUCCCUCAAAGAGAGAUAAGAAACAGAAACCGGUCAAGGAAAAGGAAGUUCCGGUUGUUGAAGUGGCACCAGUGGCCCCAACCAGAAAGGAGAAAAAGCAAGCUAAGCCGAUUAUUCAGGAGCUUGAAAACACCAAGUCCAAUGAGCCUAUCGUUGAAGCAGUAGUUUCGAAGCCAGCUGUGAUUGAACAAAGCUCAGUUGACGUAAAGCAGGAAAAGAAGCAAACGAAAACUGUUGUUGAGAAGGUUGUGGAAAAGGAGAUUGUCCAGCCUGCUGACAAGAAACCUCUGACUCCAGCUGGACCUGUAAGGAAGGACAAGAAAAAGUCCAAGCCAGUUGUGGAGCAAGAAGUCAGCAAGAAGCCUGUUGAGCCUGUUGAGCCUGUUGCUGAGAAGGAAAUUCCUCAACCAGCUGUUAUUGAGAUAAAGGAAGUUACUCAGACUAAGGAACCUCAAGUUACUACCACUACAUCCGAAAAGGAAAACAAACAGUCAAAUACAGUUGUGGAAACCUCUGUUACCAUCACAGAAAACGUAGAGCCAGUUGUUCAACCAGAUGUUACUCCUGCAGUGCCCACCAAGAAGGACAAAAAGCGUUCUAGGAAAGAAACUAAACAAGACAAUGUUCAACAGCCUUCAGAGCCAGUGGAAUCUACUUCUACGAAGACAACGAAAACAACAGAAACCAUUAUUGUUGAGCAACCAGUAGUAACUGAGCCGCUAAUUUCUGUACAGGAUUCAGUUGAAAUUGCCGAGCCGUCAAAACCAAUUUCUGAACAAACACCAGAACCUAAAAAGCACGUAAUUCAAUCUGAAAAUGUUUCCUCAGAUUUCGUAAUAACUGCUACGGAAACUGUUGAGAUAACGCCAAAGGACAGUGUAGCUCCUAUUGAGUUUGCCCCAGAAGAUGUUAUUGAGACCAUUAUCGAAGGCGAGCCCACGGUAACUACAUCAACUAACACAAUCUCAACGGAAAGUGGAACCACAACCAUCACAACGCGAACAAUAACUAAACACAUUACCAAGCGCAUAGUAAAGCGUAUCGUAGAUGGCAAGGAGGAGAUUGUCGAGGAAGAUGUCAUUGAUGAUUUGCCUGAAGAGAACAUCUCAGUUGAGCAAUACAACUUACCAACGAUCGAAACUACCACUAAUGCGGUGCCCAUUGAUGUGACUGGAUUCUCCACAACACAGGACACAAUCGUGCAGCAGGGAUCGAUAACCAAGACUGUUAUCACCAAAACAAAGCGAAUCCUAAAACGCAUUACCGAAGACGGUGAGGAAAUAGUUGAGGAGGUCUUCGAAGAUGAACCUGAGGUGGAACAAGAUGUAACAGUUCUACCUACCACAGUGGUGACAUCGUUGGAAGUUAUAAAGGACGCUGCCCAAAAUGUGGUGGAGGAAGUCAUCAAACAAGCAGAGGAAAUAACGCAACCCGAAUCGCAGGAAUUGAUCCAGGAGAAAACAGUUGAGGUGGAAGGAGUUUCUGUACCUAAAGGAAACAAGCAGGAAGUGACUGUGAUUGAAACUGAGAAGGAGCCCAACAAACCGCAAAAGCCUUCGAGAAAGGAGAAAAAGAAGCAAAAGAAACUGGAGAGCCAGCCGGAAACUUCCAUUGAGGAAAAGGUAGUCGAAAUUGUCGACCCACAACUAGAAACCACAGAGCCCCUGAACAUAACAAGUGCAACUACAACAGAUAAUGAUGAAAAGCUUUCGUCUGAGCAGACUAUUGUCAGCGAUGACAGCGGUCUAAUUAAAACCACGGUUAUCCGUACCACCAAAAUCGUUAAGAAAAUCUGCAACAGUCAGCAGGAGAGCCAGGAGAUGUCCUCUUCGACAUAUUCCGAUGCACCCUCAUCUCUGGGUUCUUACGAUUUGGCAGAAGAAGCUAUCGAACCACCCAAGAUUGAAAAAUCGGAGACGAAUAGCCGCGAAAUAAGCGAUGAGGGCGUGGUUAGAACAACUAAAACUACAACUACCAAAACCAUAAAAUCUCCGAAGGUAGAAGAGGCCCCAGUGGAACCAUCGUUGAACGAUGAAGCCCCAGUAGUUGCUGAUGAGCCUGAGGAGGGUGGUGUGAUAAAAACAACUAUUGUGCGUACUACCAAAAUCGUUAAGAAAAUUUCACAAGAAAGCGAAAAUAUCAGCGAGACAAGCAGUGAAGCCGAGAUUUCUCUGCCCAUUGUCGACACAGUUAUGCAAGACGCUCCGAUAGUGGCCGAAUCUGUUACAACCGAGUCAAACAGCGAGGGCAUAACUAAGACCACAACUACUCGAACAACCAAAGCUGUGACCAAGAUUGUGAGCGAAACAGAAGAUGAAACUCCAAAUCUACCGGAUGUUCCCGUGGCCCCGAUUCUGAAGGAAACCGUCGAACUCCCAGAAGUUCCUAACGUCCCAAUUGGCGUGGAAGAUAAGCUUAUAAUCACAGCUACAUCUAUUGAAGUUCCGAAGGCUAGUAAUGUGAGGUCUACAGUUGUAGACUUUAUUACUGCCGAACAGAAUGCAGCUGAAAAAUAUACAAAGCCACAUAAUAUUGUUGCUGAGAUUCCGGUUAUCGAGGAGCCUUCUAAUUCGGUUCCAACUGAAGAAAUUACGGUCCCUGAGUCGGAAACUUCAGAGGUUGGGGAUGUUGUCAAAACUACAAUUGUUCGAACAACGAAAAUUGUCAAGAAGGUGUCACAAAACUCGGAGCAAAGUGUUAGCACUAACCUCCCCGAUGCGGACGUCGAUAAAACAGAACCGGUAGAGCCUGUUGAGGAGACAGCCAGUGGUGGUGUAACCAAGACAACUACCGUGCGUACUACUAAGAUUGUGAAAAAACUAAAUGAAGAUGGUGACACGACCACGGAGGAGACCAGCACCGCCAGUGAACCAGUGACAGUACGUGAGGCUUCGCCAACAAUUUCCGAGAUCCCGAGCGAAACUUCAACUACAUCCAGCCAAAUCGACGGUGCAAUUAUCAAAACGACGACUAUUCGAACGAUGCGAAUCACAAAGAGGAUAUCCAAUGACGGACGCAUACUUUUAACAGAGAGCGAGACACCGGGAGAUGUGAUCGUGACCUCAAGCAUUGAGAUGCCUGAUCAGAGACCAUUUAGCCCGGCACUUUCCUCGCGCUCAACCUCCCCUGCUUUAACGCCUAGUACCGAACUUAAGCAAGAUAGCCUGGGUUCAAACAUACAGUUAGGAUUGAAGGACAGUCCGACUGGGGUCAAGGUUAUUGGCAUCGAAACAAGCACUGUCGAGCUGCCGAGGCUUGGUGAGCGGCAAUACGCUGCAAACAAGGCUAACGGGGCCGUUAACGAGACGGAUAGUAUUACCACUACUACGACGACUACCAAGAACACGAUACUCACGACUACACAACGACGAAGCUUCGAAACCGAAGAUGGCACAAAUGUUCUUUUCGUGGGAGAAGGCAUUGACGGUGCAUAUCCACCGGGCACAGUUCAAAAAAUAUCCCUGAUUACCCAUGAAGAGAAACUGAAGACACCUAUUGUGAAAAUGCAUCUUGAUUUUCCGGAGGUUAGUCUUCGUGUGACCGAGACUGUGACUGAAAAUGUGGAAUCCCUGCAAAGAACUGCCGAAACUAGGGAGAAUACUGUGACUGAAGUUGUCGAGUUGUCUAAAUCUGAAGUCCCAGAAGCAGUAGAAACCAAACCAGAUCCUAUUCCGCAUACACCCGUAACAUCUACCCAAUCAGAUGAACUAGUCAAGAUCCCAGAAGCGACCCAAUCAGAUAUCCCUGAGAGGAGCUCUGCAGAAUUGAGCCCCGAAGAGCAAAAGCUUUUCGAGGACAUUCAGAAAAAACUGUCCAAAAAAGACAAAAAGAAACGUCCCGCUAUUCCAGAAGAGUUUAUAAAACAAGAAACAGUUCAGGUUAUCGUAGAGCAAAGUAAAGGUAACGAUCUUAUUUAUGUACCCUCUGUAGUUGAAGAAAUAACCAAUGCAGCUGAACCCUUAGUUAAGCAGAACGCAAUUGCAAAAUCAACUGAACGUAAUAAGGCAGACGUUAUUUAUCAAGAGUCCGUAGUAGAAGUUGCGCCAGUUUCCGAAACUCCUUUUGUUCCAACCAAAGAAGAAAUACAGGGUGAUAUUCAGCCAAGUCCUACUCCAGAACCUGAGAAAUUGCUUUGCAAUAUUUCUCAAGACUCGUCUCUAAUUUCCACUAUCAAGACAAUCGAGCAAACCAAGUCAGACAUUCUUUAUCAUGAGUCUAUAAUUGAAGUUGUCCCUGUUCCUCCCCAAGAAGAAGUGCCAGUAGAAAUUCCAUGCGAAAUUCAGUCAACUCCUGCUCCUACUAAUAUUGCUAAUCCAAUUGUUCCUGCCCAACCAAGCGCAUUACUUGCUGAAGCAUUUGUGGCUAACACGGUAAGCACUUUAAGUACAAUCACUAAUAUUGAGAAACUUGCUCCCAUCGAAAAAGUAUUUGAAAUUCCUAAAUUUGAUGUAUCUACAUUUAAUAUUGCUGAGGGUAAUUAUCACAUACUCAAUUCUAAAGUUAAAGAAAUUGAACCAUUAAAUCCUAUCGAAUGUGAAACAAAAUCUUCACCAAAGACGGUAAGCUUUGGCGAUGAAACGGAAACUAACAAGGAAACUGUUGCCACCGACAUGGGUUCAACAACAACACUGGUUUCUGUAGCAGCUCAACAGACAGAAAAUAUCCCUGCUGUAUAUAACUUUGAGGUUCCCAAAUUUGACUUACUUUCCCUUAAUAAAGCUGAAACCAUACAGAAAAUACUUGAAGCCACACAGGUUCAAGGAGAAGAAUCCAAGCCUGAAUCACUUGCUGAUGAAUCAGAGCCCGUUGUGGAAACUUCGGUUGUGGAUGAAACCAGGACGAUUACAAUAGUCACCACCACAACAGUCACUACUGAGUCCACCACUGAAACUGCUUUUCCCGAGGAGACCAAGCCAAAUGUUGAACCAGAAAAGGUACCUGAGCAGCCAAAGAAACCAGCUUAUGCCGGUCUGCCCGUUGAUGACUCUUCCAGUUCGUGGAUGGAUGUUUUGGACGAACCCAUGAACUUCUCUGAUGAUGAGGAAGAACCAGUUCCUGAGACACAAAAGGAAACUACGAUCACCGAAGAAGUUUCUGAGCGUGAGCCAAUUGUUGAACAAGCUCCUGAGCUACCAGAGAUAGUUACACUUGUCGAAGAAAUUGCCAAGCCUGAGCCCGUUGUGGAAACUUCGGUUGUGGAUGAAACCAAGACGAUUACGACAGUCACCACUACAGCAGUCACUACUGAGUCCACCACUGAAACUGAUUUUGCCGAGGAGACCAAGCCAACUGUUGAACCAGAAAAGGUACCUGAGCAGCCAAAAAAACCAGCUUAUGCCGGUCUGCCCGUGGAUGACUCUUCCAGCUCGUGGAUGGAUGUUUUGGACGAACCCAUGAACUUCUCAGAUGAUGAGGAAGAACCAGUUCCUGAGACACAAAAGGAAACUACGAUCACCGAAGAAGUUUCUGAGCGUGAGCCAAUUGUUGAACAAGCUCCUGAGCUACCAGAGAUAGUUACACUUGUCGAAGAAAUUGCCAACCCUGAGCCCGUUGUGGAAACUUCGGUUGUGGAUGAAACCAAGACGAUUACGACAGUCACCACUACAGCAGUCACUACUGAGUCCACCACUGAAACUGAUUUUGCCGAGGAGACCAAGCCAACUGUUGAACCAGAAAAGGUACCUGAGCAGCCAAAAAAACCAGCUUAUGCCGGUCUGCCCGUGGAUGACUCUUCCAGCUCGUGGAUGGAUGUUUUGGACGAACCCAUGAACUUCUCAGAUGAUGAGGAAGAACCAGUUCCUAAGACACAAAAGGAAACUACGAUCACCGAUUCUAAGCCUGAGCCAAUUGUUGAACAAGCUCUUGAGCUACCAGAGAUAGUUACACUUGUCGAAGAAAUUGCCAAGCCUGAGCCCGUUGUGGAAACUUCGGUUGUGGAUGAAACCAAGACGAUUACAACAGUCACCACCACAACAGUCACUACUGAGUCCACCACUGAAUCUGAUUUUGCCGAGGAGACCAAGCCAACUGUUGAACCAGAAAAGGUACCUGAGCAGCCAAAGAAACCAGCUUAUGCCGGUCUGCCCGUGGAUGACUCUUCCAGCUCGUGGAUGGAUGUUUUGGACGAACCCAUGAACUUCUCAGAUGAUGAGGAAGAACCAGUUCCUGAGCCACAAAAGGAAACUACGAUCACCGACGAAGUUUCUAAGCCUGAGCCAAUUGUUGAACAAGCUCCUGAGCUACCAGCUAUAGUUACACUUGUCGAAGAAAUUGCCAAGCCUGAGCCCGUUGUGGAAACUUCGGUUGUGGAUGAAACCAGGACGAUUACAACAGUCACCACCACAACAGUCACUACUGAGUCCACCACUGAAACUGCUUUUACCGAGGAGACCAAGCCAACUGUUGAACCAGAAAAGGUACCUGAGCAGCCAAAGAAACCAGCUUAUGCCGGUCUGCCCGUGGAUGACUCUUCCAGCUCGUGGAUGAAUGUUUUGGACGAACCCAUGAACUUCUCUGAUGAUGAGGAAGAACCAGUUCCUGAGACACAAAAGGAAACUACGAUCACCGAAGAAGUUUCUGAGCGUGAGGCAAUUGUUGAACAAGCUCCUGAGCUACCAGAGAUAGUUACACUUGUCGAAGAAAUUGCCAAGCCUGAGCCCGUUGUGGAAACUUCGGUUGUGGAUGAAACCAAGACCAUCACAACAAUCACCACAACAGUGACUUCUGAGUCUACGACCCUCAACACUCUUCCCGAGGAUUCCAUUCCUGUCACGGAAGAUUCUAGGCCAGCGGAAACUUUGGCAAUAAACACUCUGGUAGGUGACGUUAGUCAACCGGAGAAACCUCUUGAGGGUCCCAUUGAUACUUGGUCCAGCGUUUUGGAGGACACAAUUCCUAACACUGGAAACAUCGGCUUCACUUCAACUCUAUCAGCGGAUGCUCCGGAGUUUACUCCAUCUUAUUUGAGACACACUUACUCCGAUCAAACGCAUACCUUCCUAGCAAAUGAAAGAGUUUACAACGAAUUUAUUCCAAGGAAUAGGCAAGAGCAAACGGCUGUGUCCCAAUCAAAGGCGAAAAAGGCGAAGCCAUCAAAGCGGCAGAACAAAAAGGUGGAAGUACAGGAAGAAAUCUCCAUUGUACAGCCUGCCCCGGAAGCAUACGUUCCAGAACCGAUACAAAUAGUCGAAGAGGUGGAGAAUGUAUGGACCAAGAACAGAGAUGGGAAAUCAUAUGCUGACGUGUUACUUAACUCUGGCGUUACUGACGAUGUUGUUACGACAACUGAACAACAGCCUCAGAAGGAAGUGCCGUCCAUACCAGAUACCAAAACCCAGGAGCGCAAGAAAAAGACGAAGCCCGAAAAACGCCAGGCAAUUGAAAAGAGUAUUGAACUGUCUGCACCAAGCACUGAAAGUGACAAGUCUAAGCCAACUAGCGAUAGCGAGCAUACUAAGCCUACUGCAGAAAGCGAACUGUCUAAGCCAACAACAGAAAGUUCUAAGGAACCAUCCUCCGACGAAAAGGAUGUCCCAAGCACGUCCGAACUGACGUGGUCAGCUCUUGUAAGACGGCCUGGCGAAUGGUCAGACACAACAAUUACUAAGAAAGAAGUUACUCGCACGGCUGUCCUUGUUGAGGAAAAACAUCGUAAGAAAGACAAGGAGGAAUCCAAGAAGGCCACAAAAGCAAAGAAAACUAAGAAAUCAAAGAAACCUAUUGUUGAACCAGUCUCGACCACAUCUGAAGACGAGCAACCAGAAACUGUGCCCGUACCGAUUGCGGCCGUACCACAAACAGUUGAGACGAAACUUGAACAAGAAAGAAUUGAGAAGGUAGAGGGCAGUAGCGCAUUUUCCUGGGCUUCUCUUGUCAAGAGGCCAGGCGAAUGGAUAGACAACACUGUUACGCAAAUCAAGACUGCUGUCACAACUCCAACUGACUUAAAAGAGCCAACCAAAAAAGACAAUGAUAAACCACAAAAGCCGAAAAAGCAGAAGCCCAAGAAGAAACCUACGCCAGUCCUACAACCAGAGUCUGAAAUUAGCAGUGAGCCAACGGAAGAAAUGGUUGUUCACCGCGAAAUAGAGGUGAAGAAGGCAAAGCCUACUGAAAACACAGGAAACGCCUUCUCAUGGGCAUCAUUGGUAAAGAAGCCGGGCGAGUGGGUUGAUGACAUAGCGGCCCGUAAGAAGCCAGUUGAAGCUCUUAAAGAGGAGCGCAAGGAGGAAGCGCAACGACGAAAAGAACGGAAAUUUGCGAAACCUGAGGGCAAGCCUCAGAAUGAUAAGGUCAUCACAAGUAAAAUUAAAGAGGAAACUCCUGAAUCUAAAAUCGUUCAGUCGACAUCAGACGACAGUGAUGUGGUUGAGGUAUCACAAACUCAAGAUGAGAAUACAAUUACUUGGGCAAAAAUCGCUCGCCAAAUUGAUCACAUGAGCGAUUUGUCACCAAUGACUACCAAGGAGGUGAAGCCGAACCAAAAAGAUACAUUAAAACAAAAGGUAAAAUCCGAUCGACAUGAAAAGCAGGCCAAGACAAGAGUUGGUGCUGUAUCUCUCGGUGUCAUGGAAGGUCAGAAAGAAAGUAUUCAUUCCUGGUCUUCAGUGGUUAGUCAUCAAGUCACUGAUUUUAUUGAAAGUGAAAGUGUUAGGCCAGCUCCGAAAAUAAUUACGGAGAAGAAAAAGCCGAUGUCUGAAACUCUAACAAUAAGCCCGAAAUUGGAGGAGCCUUUGCGAGACCUAGAAUUCCAACCAGUUUCCGAAUUCCAGGAAAAUAAGCCGCAAAGAUCAUGGGCUGAAAUGAUGGACGACGGGUCAGAAGACAUCGUGGUUGGACGGAAAUCUUGGAAGGAACUCAUAGAAGACGAAGUGGAGAUUCCACUUCUUCCUGAGAAUGGAGAAGAGGCAAAUAUAAACAAGAUUAUUGAAACCAUCCAGGAAAUGAAAUCAGCCAACGACGAAACCAAGACAGUGACAGCUUUUAAGCCUCAAAAGGACAGCUUGCCUGUCGAAAAUGUUAACGUAUCUGUGCCAAUUGUCCAAUCUUCAACUGUUGAUAAAACGAAGACAGUAACAACCGUUACCACCACAACUGUCACUACUGAGUCUACCAGUAAAACUGAUUUUGCCGAGGAGACCAAGCCAACUGUUGAACCAGAAAAGGUACCUGAGCAGCCAAAGAAACCAGCUUAUGCCGGUCUGCCCGUGGAUGACUCUUCCAGCUCGUGGAUGGAUGUUUUGGACGAACCCAUGAACUUCUCUGAUGAUGAGGAAGAAUCAGUUCCUGAGACACAAAAGGAAACUACGAUCACCGAAGAAGUUUCUGAGUGUGAGCCUAUUGUUGAACAAGCUCCUGAGCUACCAGAGAUAGUUACACUUGUCGAAGAAAUUGCCAAGCCUGAGCCCGUUGUGGAAACUUCGGUUGUGGAUGAAACCAAGACCAUUACAACAGUCACCACCACAACAGUCACUACUGAGUCCACCACCGAAACUGCUCCUGCCGAGAAGCCCAAGCAAACUUUUAAACCAGAAAAGGUACCUGAGCAGCCUAAGAAACCAGCUUAUGCCGGUCUGCCCGUGGAUGAGUCUUCUAGCUCGUGGAUGGAUGUUUUGGACGAACCUAUGAACUUCUCAGAUGAUGAGGAAGAACCAGUUCCUGAGACACAAAAGGAAACUACGAUCACCGAAGAAGUUUCUGAGCCUAAGCCAAUUGUCCAACAAGAGCUACCAGAGAUAGUUACACUCGUGGAAGAAGUAGCCAAGCCUGAGUCUAUUUUGGAAACUUCGGUUGUGGAUGAAACCAAGACCAUUACAACAGUCACCACCACGACAGUUACUGCUGAGUCCACCACCGAAACUGCUCUUGCCGAGAAGCCCAAGCCAACUGUUGAACCAGAAAAGGUACCUGAGCAGCCAAAGAAACCAGCUUAUGCCGGUCUGCCCGUGGAUGACUCUUCCAGUUCGUGGAUGGAUGUUUUGGACGAACCCAUGAACUUCUCUGAUGAUGAGGAAGAACCAGUUCCUGAGACACAAAAGGAAACUACGAUCACCGAAGAAGUUUCUGAGCCUAAGCCAAUUGUCCAACAAGAGCUACCAGAGAUAGUUACACUUGUCGAAGAAAUUGCCAAGCCUGAGCCCGUUGUGGAAACUUCGGUUGUGGAUGAAACCAGGACGAUUACAACAGUCACCACCACAACAGUCACUACUGAGUCCACCACUGAAACUGCUUUUACCGAGGAGACCAAGCCAACUGUUGAACCAGAAAAGGUACCUGAGCAGCCAAAGAAACCAGCUUAUGCCGGUCUGCCCGUGGAUGACUCUUCCAGCUCGUGGAUGGAUGUUUUGGACGAACCCAUGAACUUCUCUGAUGAUGAGGAAGAACCAGUUCCUGAGACACAAAAGGAAACUACGAUCACCGAAGAAGUUUCUGAGCCUAAGCCAAUUGUCCAACUAGAGCUACCAGAGAUAGUUACACUCGUGGAAGAAGUAGCCAAGCCUGAGCCUAUUUUGGAAACUUCGGUUGUGGAUGAAACCAAGACGAUUACAACAGUCACCACCACAACAGUCACUACUGAGUCCACCACUGAAACUGCUCCUGCCGAGAAGCCCAAGCAAACUGUUGAUCCAGAAAAGGUACCUGAGCAGCCUAAGAAACCAGCUUAUGCCGGUCUGCCCGUGGAUGACUCUUCCAGUUCGUGGAUGGAUGUUUUGGACGAACCCAUGAACUUCUCUGAUGAUGAGGAAGAACCAGUUCCUGAGCCACAAAAGGAAACUACGAUCACCGAAGAAGUUUCUGAGCCUAAGCCAAUUGUCCAACAAGAGCUACCAGAGAUAGUUACACUCGUGGAAGAAGUAGCCAAGCCUGAGCCUAUUUUGGAAACUUCGGUUGUGGAUGAAAGCAAGGCCAUUACAACAGUCACCACCACGACAGUUACUGCUGAGUCCACCACCGAAACUGCUCUUGCCGAGAAGCCCAAGCCAACUGUUGAACCAGAAAAGGUACCUGAGCAGCCUAAGAAACCAGCUUAUGCCGGUCUGCCCGUGGAUGACUCCUCCAGCUCGUGGAUGGAUGUUUUGGAUGAACCUAUGAACUUUUCUGACGAUGAAGAAGUUGAGCAAAAGACACCUUUGGCUCCAUUCAAGAACGUAGUAGAUGAUGGGGAUGAACCAAUUUCUGAGCCGCAAAAGGAUGUAGUGGAGUCUGAGCCAAUUUUGGCCGCUCCGAUUGUAGAUGAAACCAAAACAGUUACAUCAGUUACAACCACAAUUGUCACCACCGAAACCACCAGCGAAACUACUCUUCCUGAGAAACCAAAGGAAACGGAUAAGCCAGAGAAGAAAUCCGAGGAGCCAAAGAAACCAGCUUAUGCCGGUCUGCCUGUGGACGACUCAUCAAGCUCCUGGAUGGAUGUUUUGGAUGAACCCAUGAACUUCUCAGACGAUGAAGAAGUUGAACAAAAGACACCUUUGGCUCCAUUCAAGAACGAAGUUGAGGAUGGGCAAGAAUCAGUUUCUGAGCCGCAGAAGGAUGUUGCGGAGUCUGACUCAAUUGUGGCCACUCCGAUUAUGGAUAAAACUAAGACCAUUACAACAAUUACUACCACAACAGUCACUACUGAGUCUUCUAAUGAAACUGCUUUCCCUGGGGACCUCAAGAAAACUUUUGAGCGGGAAAAAGUACCUGAGCAGCCAAAGAAACCAGCUUAUGCCGGUCUGCCCGUGGAUGACUCUUCCAGUUCGUGGAUGGAUGUUUUGGAUGAACCCAUGAACUUUUCUGAUGAUGAAGCAGAAUCAGUUACCGAACCACAAAAGAAUGUCACCUUCGUCGAAAAAGUUGUGGAGACUAAGCCAAUUGUUGAAGAUAAAACCAAUAGCAUUGAAACAGUUACCGCCACAGUUGUUACUACGAAGUCUACUAUAGAAACUGUUCCUUCUGAGGAGCCCAGGCAAAUGGAUUUCAAGCCCUCGGAAGUAAAUGAUGCUAAAAACCGAAAACCUGCCAAUAUGUGGGAAUUGCAUUCUUCAUAUGCCGAUGUUUUGAGGCACACUGUUGAUUUCAUAAAUUUGGAACAGAAAAAUGUAGAAAUCCCAACUGAGCCAAAAGCAGUAAAAGGUCAACCAGCAAAAGAACCAGUCAAAACUCCAGAAGUUUCGAAGCAGAUAAAACCCAAGAAAGAAAAGCCGCCGAAAAAGCCUGCAGACAUAACGAAUUUGACUUCUAAAGAUGAAUUAGAGGCAAUUAAAGCGGAAUCGCCAAAGGAUGAAACUCCAACCUCUUGGUCAGCAAUGGUCGAUGAAGAUUUGAGUGACAACGUUGAAGCAAAUCGACCUUUUAUCGGCAGCACUUCAUGGUCUUCGAUUGUCCGGCAAGGUGUUCAGGAACCUAUAACAAAAAUAACUCUCUCUGAUGACCACGAGCAACCGCAAUCGCGAGACAAACAAGAGUGUAUUUCUCACGAAAAAUCUUCCAUAGUGAUUGAAAAGAUAAAAAAACAAAAAUCAAAGAAGGAAAAGAAAUCCACUAAACCGGAAUCAGAUAUUGUAGUGGUUACAAAUGAACUGCAGCCGGUUCCUAAGACAAUUGGUAUUGGAAAAGAUCUUAAGGCAGAGCAAAAACCAGAAUUGCAGCAUGAUGCUGAAAAUUUGGCAUUUACUCCCUUGUCAUGGUCAUCCAUCGUGUCCCAUACAGUAGAGAAAACUUCAAUAACCGGAGUGUUUGGUAAACCAGAUGAGUCAGUUAAGUCUACCAUAGUGCAAGACUUUAUCAGUCAAGAACAAUCUUUUUCAAAUGCUGUAAAUGGCAAACUUGGCAAACACGUAACCGAAACUCACAUCGCCGACGAACCUAAAUAUAAGAAGCCCAUAGAAGAAAAAUCUAAAAAACAAAAGACUAAGAAGGAAAAGAAACCGAAGGAGGUUUCAGAGCCCGUCGCUGAGUCGGUCAUCCCGGAACCUGCUGUCGAAGAACCUGUGGCUGAGGUGACUACUGUAGUGAAAGAAGUAUCUACUAAGCUGCAGCCAGAAACUGCUGAUCCCGUACCACUAAAACAGUUGUCCUGGUCAUCGAUCGUUUCUCAAACAACGGAAGUCAGUACAUGCUCAAGUGAGACUCACAUCGCCGACGAACCUAAGGAUCAGAAACCUAAUGAAGAAAAACCUAAAAAGCAAAAGGCUAAGAAGGAAAAGAAGCCUAAGGUAGAUCCUGUUCAAGAACCCGUUGCUGAGGCAUUAAUUGCGGAACCUGUUGUUGAACCCAUUGUUGAAGAACCUGUGGCUGAGGUGACCUCUAUUGUAAAAGAAGUCAUUCCUGAGCUACAGGCGGAACCAGCUGAAGUAAACCCAUCACAACCUUUGUCCUGGUCGUCGAUCGUUUCUCAAACAACGGAAGUCACUACAAACGUAACCGAAAUCCGCGUCGGCGAUGAGCCUAAGGAUCAGAAACCUGACGAAGAAAAACCUAAAAAGCAAAAGGUUAAGAAGGAAAAGAAGCCUAAGGUAGAUCCUGUUCCAGAACCCGUCGUUGGAGCAUUCAUUCCGGAACCUGUAGUUGAACCCAUUGAAGAAGUGACCAUUGUUGAAGAACCUGUGGUUGAGAUGACCACUAUCGUAAAAGAAGUCAUCUCCCAGCCACAACCGGAACAAACUGAAAUCGCCCCAUCAGAACCUUUGUCAUGGUCGUCGAUCGUUUCUCAAACAACUGAAGUCAUUGUAAACGUAACCGAAACCCACGUCGGGGACCAACCUGAGGAUCAGAAACCUGAAGAACAAAAAUCUAAAAAGCAAAAGGCUAAGAAGGAAAAGAAGCCUUUGGUGGAUCCUGUUCAGGAACCCGUCGCUGAGGCAUUACUUGCGGAACCUGUUGUUGAACCCAUUGUUGAAUUGACCCUUGUUGAAGAACCUGUGGUCCUUCCUGAGCCACAGCCUGAACCAGCUGAAGUCGCCCCAUCAGAACCUUUGUCAUGGUCGUCGAUCGUUUCUCAAACAACGGAAGUCACUACAAACGUGACCGAAACCCGCGUCGGCGACGAACCUAAGGAUCAGAAACCUGACGAAGAAAAACCUAAAAAGCAAAAGGCUAAGAAGGAAAAGAAACCGAAGGUGGAUCCUGUUCCAGAACCCAUCGUUAAGUCAUUCAUCCCGGAACCUGUAGUUGAACCCAUUGUUGAAGUGCCCACUGUUGCAGAACCUGUGGUUGAGAUGACUACUAUUGUAAAAGAAGUCAUUCCUGAGCCACGGCUGGAACCAGCUGAAGUCACCCCAUCAGAACCUAUGUCAUGGUCGUCGAUCGUUUCUCAAACAACGGAAGUCACUACAAACGUAACCGAAACCCGCGUCGGCGACGAACCUAAGGAUCAGAAACCUGAAGAAGAAAGACCUAAAAAGCAAAAGGCUAAGAAGGAAAAGAAACCCAAGGAGGAUCCUAUUCCAGAACCCAUCGUUGAGUCAUUCAUCCCGGAACCUGUAGUUGAACCCAUUGUUGAAGUGCCCAUUGUUGAAGAGCCUGUGGUGGAGGUGACCACUAUUGUAAAAGAAGUCAUUCCUGAGCCACAGCCGGAACCAAAUGAAGUCGCCCCAUCAAAACCUCUGUCAUGGUCGUCGAUCGUUUCUCAAACAACGGAAGUCACUACAAACGUGACCGAAACCCGCGUCGGCGACGAACCUAAGGAUCAGAAACCUGACGAAGAAAAACCUAAAAAGCAAAAGGCUAAGAAGGAAAAGAAACCGAAGGUGGAUCCUGUUCCAGAACCCAUCGUUAAGUCAUUCAUCCCGGAACCUGUAGUUGAACCCAUUGUUGAAGUGCCCACUGUUGCAGAACCUGUGGUUGAGAUGACUACUAUUGUAAAAGAAGUCAUUCCUGAGCCACGGCUGGAACCAGCUGAAGUCACCCCAUCAGAACCUCUGUCAUGGUCGUCGAUCGUUUCUCAAACAACGGAAGUCACUACAAACGUAACCGAAACCCGCGUCGGCGACGAACCUAAGGAUCAGAAACCUGAAGAAGAAAGACCUAAAAAGCAAAAGGCUAAGAAGGAAAAGAAACCCAAGGAGGAUCCUAUUCCAGAACCCAUCGUUGAGUCAUUCAUCCCGGAACCUGUAGUUGAACCCAUUGUUGAAGUGCCCAUUGUUGAAGAGCCUGUAGUGGAGGUGACCACUAUUGUAAAAGAAGUCAUUCCUGAGCCACAGCCGGAACCAACUGAAGUCGCCCCAUCAAAACCUCUGUCAUGGUCGUCGAUCGUUUCUCAAACAACGGAAGUCACUACAAACGUAACCGAAACCCGCGUCGGCGACGAACCUAAGGAUCAGAAACCUGAAGAAGAAAAACCUAAAAAGCAAAAGGCUAAGAAGGAAAAGAAACCCAAGGAGGAUCCUGUUCCAGAACCCAUCGCUGAGGCAUUCCUUCCGGAACCUCUUGUAGAACCCAUUGUUGAAGUGACCAUUGUUGAAGAGCCUGUGGUGGAGGUGACUACUAUUGUAAAAGAAGUCAUUCCUGACCCACAGCCGGAACCAACUGAAGUCGCCCCAUCAAAACCUCUGUCAUGGUCGUCGAUCGUUUCUCAAACAACGGAAGUCACUACAAACGUAACCGAAACCCGCGUCGGCGACGAACCUAAGGAUCAGAAACCUGAAGAAGAAAAACCUAAAAAGCAAAAGGCUAAGAAGGAAAAGAAGCCUAAGGUGGAUCCUGUUCAGGAACCCGUCGCUGAGGCAUUACUUGCGGAACCUGUUGUUGAACCCAUUGUUGAAUUGACCCUUGUUGAAGAACCUGUGGUCCUUCCUGAGCCACAGCCUGAACCAGCUGAAGUCGCCCCAUCAGAACCUUUGUCAUGGUCGUCGAUCGUUUCUCAAACAACGGAAGUCACUACAACCGUAACCGAAACCCGCGUCGGCGACGAACCUAAGGAUCAGAAACCUGAAGAAGAAAAACCUAAAAAGCAAAAGGCUAAGAAGGAAAAGAAACCCAAGGAGGAUCCUAUUCCAGAACCCAUCGCUGAGGCAUUCAUUCCGGAACCUCUUGUAGAACCCAUUGUUGAAGUGACCAUUGUUGAAGAGCCUGUGGUGGAGGUGACCACCAUCGUGAAAGAAGUCCUUCCUGAGCCACAGCCGGAACUAGCUGAAGUCGCCCCAUCAGAACCUUUGUCAUGGUCUUCGAUCGUUUCUCAAACAACGGAAGUCUCUACAAACGUAACCGAAACCCAUGUCGGGGACCAACCUGAGGAUCAGAAACCUGAAGAAGAAAAACCUAAAAAGCAAAAGGCUAAGAAGGAAAAGAAGCCUAAGGUGUAUCCUGUUCAGGAACCAGUCGCUGUGCCACUCAUAUCGGAACCUGCUGUUAAGCCCAUAGUUGAAGCGACCAUUGUUGAAGAUCCUGUAGUUGAGGUUACCACUAUUGUCAAAGAAGUCAUUACUGAGCCACAGCCGAAACCAGCUGAAGUCACCCCAUCACAACCUUUGUCCUGGUCGUCCAUCGUAUCUCAAACAACGGAAGUCACUUCACGCGUAAGUGAGUCUCACAUCGCCGAUGAACCUAAGGAUCAGAAACCUGAUGAAGAAUACCCUAAAAAACAAAAGGCUAAGAAGGAAAAGAAGCCUAAGGUGGAUCCUGUUUUGGAACCCAUCGCUGGGGCAUUUAUUCCGGAACCUGUUGUAGAACCCAUUGAAGAAGUGACCAUUGUAGAAGAACCUGUGGUUGAGGUGACCACUAUCGUAAAAGAAGUCCUUCCUGAGCCACAGCCGGAACCAGCUGAAGUCGCCCCCUCACAACCUUUGUCCUGGUCGUCCAUCGUUUCGCAAUCAACGGAUGUCAUUACACACAUGUCCGAGACUGACAUUGCCGACGAAAAUAAGGUUCACAAUCUUUCAACAGAAAAACCUAAAAAGCAAAAGACAAAGAUUGAAAAGAAACCUAAGGUGAUUCCUGUUCAAGAGCCCCCCACUGUGGUAGUAGAUAAUACUUUGGAAAUUCUACCCGAAAAAGUAGCUCAAAAUCCAUUAAACGAUCCAGUUUCAUCCGAAAUCCUAUCUUGGUCAUCAAUUGUCUCCAAAGAAAUUAACGAAGCACUAACGUCAACUGAAACGUCACAGAAAACUCAAAAAACUCAGGAUAUUCAUGACUUCAUCGCUCAGGAGCAAAUUUUCUCAAAGGCUGUAAAUGAUAAAACUAAAAAACAUAAGCCUAAGAAGGAGAAGAUAUUAGUGCAACCUAUCCAACAGCCAGUAGUAGAAACAGUUUCUCUGACAAAAGAAAAAGAUGCUAAAUCAGUUUCUGAGCCGUUGCCAACGCAAACUCUGUCAUGGUCGUCAAUAGUUUCUCAUAAUAUCGAUUUGACUCCAACGUUUACCGAAAGCCGUGUUACUGAAUCUGUCGAUGUGAUUUCGAGACCUCAAGAUGUUCAGGACUUCACAUCUCAAGAGCGGGAGCUGCCUGUUCACGUUGCUGAAAAGAAACAAAAGCCAAAGAAGGAGAAGAAAUCACCUCAAACUAAAGAUCCUGCUGAAAAACAAAUUAUAGAAACUGCCAUUGCUAACGAAGCGGUUUCUCAAACUGAGGUUACUUCUGGGUCUUCAACGCCCGAGUUUAACAUCCAAUUGCCGGCACCGUUAAUACCAUCUGUAUGGUCAUCAUCAGAGACCUAUGCCGAAGUUGUUAAGAAGUCUGGUUACUCCAACAACACAAACAUAAAGUAUCAGAAUGAAGCGAGCGAACAAAACGUACGUGGUCAAAGUCAGCUGGGCCCAGAAGUGCAGCCACAGAAAGUUCUUUUGGAGUUCCCCGAUCCCAUCAUUCCCCCGAUUGAAGAACCGAGAACAGACAACUAUCUUGGGAAACCCACCCAGUUGUCUUGGAAAGACCUAAUGGAUGAGGAUGAAGACGAUUCAGCACAGACUUGGUAUCAGGAAGAAACAAUUGCCGUACAAACGAAGCCACAGGAACCAAUACAAGAGAGACCAUCACGAAUCGAUAAACCAACAAUAAAAAUCACUGAGACAAUUACUGAAACUCAACUGCAGACAGAUACUGAUAAAGGAUUCUUGGAAAUUACUUCAAAAAAGAGAAAUCGUUCACGUUCUCGCUCGCAAAUGUCGCAGAUUUCCAAUGUUGACGAAAAACCACAAAAGAAGAAAUCGAAAAAACCAAAGGAUAAGUCACAUGCAACACCGAUUCAUAAGCCAGCGGAACCACUUCAGGAUAUUGAGCCUGCCAAGGAAACCGAGCUAUUUGUAGAAGAAAGAAAUGCUACAGUACCGGUUAGGGAACUGUCUCCGUCCCCAUCUCCUGCUCCAUCACCCUACACCUCUGGAAUGUCAUGGGCUGCUAUAGCCGCACACAACGUACCAGAACCAGCUCAACAAAUUCGACCCCUCCAAGUUGAAUCCAAGGCCCCUGUAAUUGAAAAUCCGAGAAAGUUGACAACAGAGCACACAGUAAGCAUUCCAAUCAAUUUGGGAACAACGGAACCGAGGACUAAAAAAUCAAAGCAAAAGUCGAAGCGUAAAUCACCGACUGAUGUUGUUGAUUUCAUAAACGCUGAAAAGUCUAAUCAUCAAGUGAUUGCUCCCCUGCCUGUUCAAAAGGAGGAAAAACAAGAGACUCACGAAGUGGAAAGUGAGAAGCAGACUCCUUUGGCUCCAAAAACUAGUUCAAUUGCAGCUGAAGAAGUUGCCGUUUCUCAAACUUCAGCUGAAGUUAAGACCCCUCUUGCUCCAUUUGAAGCUGUUGAAGAAUCUGAAACUUUUGAAGAGCCAGUUGAAGAAUCGAAAAUUUCUAAAGCCCCAACAGUAAUAGAAUCACUUAUCGUUUCUGAGCCGCAAAAGGAAAUAACUAUUGCCGAAGUAGUAACCAAAACUGAACCAAUUGAGAAAGCUAAUGUUGUAGAUGAAACUAAGUCGAUCAGGACUCUUAUAACUACAACAAUUUCCACUGAGAGUACCAGCGAAACUUCCACUCUAAAGGAGUCCAAGAAACUUGAAGAGCCAAAGAAGCCAGCAUACGCUGGUCUGCCCGUUGAUGACUCUUCCAGCUCGUGGAUGGAUGUUUUGGACGAACCUAUGAACUUAUCUGAUGAUGAAGAUGAAUCAGCUCCCGAGCCGCAAAAGAAAGUAACGUUCGUCGAAAAAGUUGUGGAGUCUGAGCCAAUUGUUGAAAAUGAGACUAAGACCACUACAACAAUUACCACCACAGUUGUUACUACUGAGUCUACCAGCGAAACUUCUCUUCCCGAGGAACCCAAGAAAACUGAUGAACCUGCGACGAAGCCCGAAGAGCCGAAGAAACCAGCAUAUGCAGGACUACCCGUAGAUGACUCUUCCAGUUCGUGGAUGGAUGUUUUGGACGAACCCAUGAACUUCUCAGAUGAUGAGGAAGAACCAGUUCCUGAGCCACAAAUAGAAACUAAGAUCACCGAAGAAGUUUCUAAGCCUGAGCCAAUUGUUGAGCAAGUUCCUGAGCUGACAGAAUCAGUUACACUUGUCGAAGAAGUUGCCAAACCUGAGCCUAUUGUGGAAACUUCGGUUGUGGAUGAAACCAAGGCCAUUACAACAGUCGCCACCACGACAGUCACUGCUGAGUCCACCACCGAAACUGCUCUUGCCGAGAAGCCGAAGCCAACUGUUGAACCAGAAAAGGUACUUGAGCAGCCUAAGAAACCAGCUUAUGCCGGUCUGCCCGUGGAUGACUCUUCCAGUUCGUGGAUGGAUGUUUUGGAUGAACCUAUGAACUUCUCUGACGAUGAAGAAAUUGAGCAAGAGACACCUUUGGUUCCAUUCAAGAACAUAGUAGUUGAUGAGGAAGAACCAAGUUCUGAGCCGCAAAAAGAAGUUGUGGAGCCUGAGCCAAUUGUGGCCGCUCCAUUUGUGGAUGAAACCAAAACAAUUACAUCAGUUACAGCUACAAUCGUCACUACUGAGACCACCAGCGAGACUACUCUUCCUGGAACACCCAACAAAACAGAUGAACCGGUGAAGAUACCUGAGGAGCCCAAGAAACCAGCAUAUGCCGGUCUGCCCGUGGACGACUCAUCGAACUCCUGGAUGGAUGUUUUGGAUGAACCUAUGAACUUCUCUGAAGACGAAGAAAUUGAGCAAAAGACACCUUUAGCUCCAUUCGAGAACGUAGUAGAUAUUGAAGAGGUUCUGGAGCCACUCAAAACUAUUCGUGUAGUAACUGAAACUGUGAAUACUACAACAGGAAAUACUCCUUUAGCUCCAUUCCAAAUUCUACCGGACUCUCCAGCAACUUCGGGUGCGGAUGAUGCGUUCAUAUGUGAAACGUCAUACUGGUCAGCGACACUCAAACCGGGUCAGAAGCCCACAACAACAACAAUUGAGACAACCGAAACGGAACAAGAAGAAAGUCAACCCAUUAAAAUAACUAUUCCCAUCGAUGAAGGUAUUGAGGAAGUCGCCGUAAAGUCACCAACUGAUCAGCCUACAACAUGGUCAGCAAUUGUUCAAACCGAGACAACUGUCUUCCCAGCAACAGAAGAAAAGGAGGUAACUGAAAAGACGCCUGGUUGGUCUACUCUUGUUGUGAGCAAAACUACCGACUUCCAGGAGCCAAAGGCCCUGGAUAAUGUGGUAGAAUCGGAGAACAUAACAACGACGACCACGACUUAUGUGACAACAACAGUGACCACACAUAAGGAUGCUCCCAUUGUGGAGGAUAACUCCCAAGCCACAUCCUAUGUGUCCACUGUGGUAACCAGCCAUAAAAAUGAAUUGGCUUUGGCUACAGAACCGAUCGCACCAACUGAAUCAAUCAAACCUGAAAACCUGUUUGAGAAUCUAUAUCGCGAAGGAUUCAAAUUACAUCCGCAAUACGAUUUGUUGCAGGGACAAUACCAACAAUUACAGGAAGUCAACUUAACGGAGGAACCUGCGGCAGUAGAACCGAUAGACGAAGUUCCUUCCAUAGAAGAUUAUGUGAUAAUAGAACCCGAAGCGAUACCCCAAAUUAGAUCCGAAAUCCUUGCUUUCAAUCUUUAUCUUGAUCAGACCAAGACUCGUAUAGAUGUUGACACAAUUAGCCAUUUGCUCACACUUGAAAAACCAGCUGAGGUUAUUGUAGAAAAAUACCCUGUAGAGGAUGAAGUCGAGGUAGUAGAAAUUCUUGUUGAAAAACCACUUGUAGAAUCUUCUUUUGAACCCCUUGCUGAAGAACCGAUUGCCCCUGAACAAACUCAACCCCCGACCCAGCCCAGUGAACUGCUCUGGCACCUCAGCCAGGACGAUUUCGUCAAACUUAUCAAUCACUACAGACAAACGGCAGGCGAUGCUUAUGCAUUGCUGCCCAGGACAACCACGGACAAGACGAAAGCUCAGGAAACCCAAGACGAUAAGCAAAAGACUGACAGCAUUACAGAAACUGUAGUGACAACCACGAUUACGGAUCGCGUUGUAGAAAAGACUGAACCAGAAGCAUCGUCAGUACCAAUCAUUCCUACCGCCCAACCACUUGCGGCACCAGCAUCUGGCAAUCUCGACCAGUUGCGUCUGAAUCUGCACCUGGACGACUGGCAGACAGCCAGUGUCGAUGCAGAUUUGACCGACGACUUGUUCGACAGACUGAAACGUGCUGAUGCUACCAGUAGCGAAGCGGAACUCGACAAAGACAAGAAGCAGGAUCAACCCGAUGGUGAUGUCAAGAAACCAGAAGGGGCUCCUCAGCUAUCAGACAAAGGCGACCAUGACAGUGACGAUGAUGAUGACGACGACGACGACGAUGACGACGAUGACGACGAGGGGGGAAAACCGACUGUGCCAGAAAUUCGCAAGCCGAACGACGACGAUGAUAAACCGAACGACAAGGAUCCUGGUAGCGGUAGUAGUGGUAAUGUGACCCCCACACCCGAGCGCGAUGCCCAGUAUGGUCAGAACCGUAGCUGCUCGUCGGAGUACAGGUCCACCGAUCUGCCGGGUGGUGUGGGUCAUUGGCGUGACGAGAGUACUUAUCUGGCUCUAGAAGCCGAACAGCCUCAGGUUAAAGUAGGAAGUGAAUCACCACCGGGUGUUGUUGAAUCUGUACUAACCGAAACUAAAACCACAAGUCCAGCCCCCGUCCCCGAACCCGUCUCUGCCCCUGAAACCAGUCCCAGUACAAGUACUAGUCCCCUUAACGUUGCCAACGCACUAAUCCAAUUGGCAAGCGCCACAACUCACACGCUGUCCGCCAAGGCGAACGCAGCAGCAACAGCAACACAUGCAGCAGCGCUGGCAGCAACCAGUGCUCUAUUGCCGGUUGCAUCGGCCGUAGUAGAUAAGCUAACGACGACAACACCAGCGGAGACAACAUCAGAUCUUGCUGCCGCCGAGCCUGUGGUUGCACAUGCAACACCGGCAGCAACAGCAGAGGCAGCAACACCACCAGCAGCAGCAGCAACACCACCAGCAGCAACACUCACCGAAACGACAACAAGCAGCAGCAGGGCGGAAAAUGUGGGUGCUAUUAGGCGCACCACGACAACAACCACAACCGUAACGACAACAACCACAGUUGAAACGCCAGAGACAACUAGCACCACAACGACAACAGCAACCACAAGCAGCAACGAUCUGCAACAACAACGCCAGAAGGAACUAAUUACGCAAGAACUCGACGAACUGCUACAAUCGCUUUCGAGCGUCGAGGAUGGCAUCGCCAAUAUGAACCAGAGCAGCCUGGAGGGCAUGCUACAGGGAUUGAAGCUAAUCCAAAGCAAUCUCGAAGUACAUGAAAGGGACGCCAUCGCGCUGAAGGCCCAGGCGAAGAAGUUACCCACGGACCCGGCCACCGAGCGUUUGCUCAACGAGACCGUGGAUCGCAUCGAUUUGCUACUCCGCCGCACACAGCAAGGCAUCACCAUGAUAGCGAAUGCUAUGCAUGGUCAGAAGAAGCGUCAGCAGGAGAUUGACGAGUACCAGCAGCAUCUGCUGGAACUGGAGCGAUGGAUCAUCGAGGUUUCCGCGGAGCUGGCUUCCUUCGAAACCACCUCGGACAGCAGCACGGAUGAGCAGGUGCUCAAGUCGCAGGUGGAGAGGAGCCAGCAGCUGCUGCGCACUCUCAAGGAUCGCCAGCAGUCCAUGGAGGAUCUGGUGGAUCAGACGCGGCACCUGCAAUCCCAGCCCGAUGUGGCUCCCUUGGCCGACACCCUGAUGGAGCAGCUGCAGAGCAUCAUUACGAUACUGCGGGAACAGGUCACAGUGGCCACCAAGCGCAUCUUCACUAUCGAGAAGCGCAUCGUGGACUUGCGAAAGGCCAAGAGCGAGGAGGUGCAAAGGCAGCGUGUGCUGGCCGAUUCCCUCAUCAAGCCACCAACGGAAGUUCCAGCGGCGAGCCCAGAGCCACAUGAAUCCAUCGAGUCCAACGAGAACACCAUCGACUCCAGUUCCAUGCCCGAGGAGGAGAUCAAGCCAAGUGGUGUGUAUGUGGAGACACAGACAUCGCUUAGCCUGCAGCAGCCCCCGGUUCAGGUGGUUAGCACCACCACUGUGGAGGCGCAGACCAGCUUCAAGGAGCCCGCUGUGGAAACCGCUGAGGUAGCUCUGCAAACCCAAAAAGAGCGCCCGCCCACCGAAAACAUCAUGGUUACCCAGACAGUGCAGCAAGGCCAGGAGACCAUCCAGAUCGACACCACUCGCAAUAAGGAUGUGCCUGAAGUACCUGAAGAUGUCCAGAUUGAGGCUCGCUAUCAUCAGCGACCCCAGGGCGAUGUGGACCGCGCCACCGAGCUGAUCCUCAAGAACGUGCCUCAGGCGUUCGAAACCACUUUUGUGGAGCCAGAUGAGACUACGACUGAAGUAAUUGUGGGACCCGAUGGCACCAAGCACAUUGUGCUGAAGAAAGUCACCAGAACCCGCCAACAAAUUGUGCAGCAGCAGCAGAUCAGCUCAAUUGAAACGAUCAGCGAUUCGGAUGGCAACAUUGAGGUGCACUCGACGGGACAGAUCAACCUGGAGAAUGUGCACACCACGGACACCAAUGCCGAUCCCGAGGAGGGCAGUGUCCACACCGUAAUCACGCAGCAAAUGCGUGGAGCAGUUGUGGAUUCAUCCCAACCCGAAGGUGUAAUCCUGCAGGAAUUCGAAACAGAACCCACCAUUGAGACUUACGAGGAAGUGAUUGCCCCAGGAUCCCAGGCGCAAGUGAUACCCAUGCAGCCGUGCGAUGUGCAGACCCAAGGAACCAUCCGAGCCGUUGUGCAGCAGGUGACCCGCAAGGUGAUCCGUAAGACGCGCAAGAUCAUAAAGCGCGUUGUAAUCAUUGACGGAAAGGAGCACAUCACCGAGGAGGUGGUCGAGGAGCCAGAGGAGAUCGAGAUCACCGAGGAGGAGACAGCCCCGCAUAUCAACGUGAAUAUUCUGCGAACUGUUGACGGCAAAGUCGUAAGCGAGGAGGAGUUCCAGCGAUUGAUGCAGGAACCCGGCGUUGUCAUCGAAGAAGUUGCCACGGAUCUGUGCAAGCCAACAGCAGAACCGCAGCAACAGGUAUUUGAUAUUGAGUCUAACCAAGUCACCACCACCACAAGAACAACCAUAGCAACCACACAAGAACUACAGCAAGAACAAGAACAGCCAGAACAACAGACACCACAACCAACAACAACAGAAACGACUAAAGAAGCACCUGUAGAGUUGCCAGCACCUCAAGUAGAUGUUGAACAACCCGUAGAUGUUGCCACUACCAGUCCCGUUCAUGUUCCAACAGCGGAUGUAGCUGAACCCAAAGACUCCUCAGAUCCAGUCAACCAAGCAAUCGUAGACGUCGAACCAGUGGUUGAAGACAUCAACGAGAUUUGGCCACUGGAACAUCACCUCAAACCUACCAACAUAGCCUUCUCCCAGCACAUCGAAGAAUUGGCAGCACCCGCAACCACAACAGAGACUGAAGCCUCCAUGCCAGUAGAGGAGAUUUGGCCGACCAGUCCAGAAACCGGCAACUCAUUGACCCUGGAGCACUACGAGUUCGAGCCACAAUCCCCCCGUGAAGAGAGCACAAAAUCUGAUGAGGUAAAGCCCCAAGAGACUGAACCCGAAUCUGCUGCUGAGAUUAAGCCAGAGCCCAUUACCACUGGAAGUAUUACCAUUACCAAGACUACAACCACCAUUACAAGCUCUACGGAACUGCCAAAGGAAGGUAUUACUCAGGAUUUGACUGGGGAGGAACCACAACCUACUGAAUCCAAGACCAAGAGUAACGUUCAGAGUUUCCUGGAAGCAGAAAAGACUCUGUCCGCAGCUCUUAAGGAGCAAUCUUCAACACCGACUGAAACUUCAAUUGUUGAAGUUGUUCAAACUCAACCCGAGGAAAUUCUGGUUGAAGAAAGGACUGUAGAAGUUUCCACCAUCAAGACUGAGGAACAACAACCAGAGCCUGUUCCAUUGGAGGAGGUCGAGCCAAUGCCUGUAGCAUCUGCAUCAGUAAAGCCCCAACAAAAACAAGAGGCAGUGACAGUAAUGGACACUAUUGAGAAGACUGAACAAAAGCCAGCAGAACCCUUCCUGGAAGAGCAACCAGCUCCUGGUCAAAUCGAUCUGCGUGCCGCUACUCAACUCUUCAUCUCUGGAGAGGCAGCGGCUUCGACGGCUCCACAGAAGACUUUCCAAAUCACCGCACCCUCCCUGGAGGACAAUGGUGCCGGUGUGCUGAAGGUUGUCCUGGGCAAGGAAAGCACCACUGAGGAGGAUACCACAGCUCCGACCACCGGCAAGGUUAGCAUGACCAUCAUUGAGACUUCGGCUGCUCCCGUCGCUGACGCCAAGCGGCGUCGAAAGAGAAAGAAGAGAAGAGAUACAAAGCACGAGGAGGAGCUAGAGCAAGAACCAGAACAAGAGACUGAGCCGGAGCCAGUGGAAGUGGCCGUUAAGGAGCCUGAGGGUGACUCAGAAGUGCCCUUAUCUCCGAAGGACUCACCACGUGACACCGUGCGCCAUGAGUCCAUUGUUGAGAUCAGUCCCGAUAGCGAUUUCUCCAGCAUUGAGAUUGAUUCGAAGGUCAAGGUGGUGGAAGAUGCAGUCGUGUCCUCGCCCUCAGAAUCGCCAAGGGCUCCUCUGGUUGAACUGGUUAUUCCCACUGAGGUUGUGGAGUUGGCAUUGGUGGAGGAUGAGGAGCAGCAGACAACACCGCGUGUUCCCUCGCCCACUGAAAAAUCCGAAGUCGAGCAGGAUAUUAAGUCCGUGCAGACUUCUCCACAGCAUCAACCAACACUAGAUGAGACUGCAGUGCAGACGAGUCUGGAGGUCCAACCAGAUAACCAGGAGAACGAAUCGCAAACCCUGAUUGUAGAGAUUACGGAGACAGAGGCACAAACCACUCCCCGAAACGAGGACAAGCCAGAGGCAGUGGAGAUAACCACCACCGAGAUUCAAACCGAUGUGAGUGGCCAGCCAGCGGAAACCGUAGAGAUUUCCAGCCAAACCACCGUGACCACCACCAUUGAGAAGGAACUCCAGACCACGCCGAAGGAUUCGCCUCGUGCACCUGAGCCAGGCAGCAACGAUGUGGUGGAAUCUCUGGUCCAGGAUUUGGUUAAGGACAUGACUACCGAUUUGCCUGUCCGAACCAGUGAACAAUCCACCGUAACUGAAGUCACCACCACCACUGAGACCCAUGUGCAGACAACCACUCCGGAGCCAACGGAGCACGUUGAAUUUGUCAAACCGGAAACAGCUCAUGAGGAGACCUCAACGGUGGAACUGGUGCAAGUUGCCGAUGGUGAGAUGCAAACAUCGCCUCGUGGAGAACAGCAACCCAUCUCCCUGGAUGAAAACUCCUUGACCGCCACUUCGAUAUCCGUUUCGGAACCCUACGAACUGGAGGUCAAGACCACAGUGGCCAUUCCCGCUGACUCCGACACAUCUGUGGCUGAACCCACGGUCUAUGAAUACACACAGACCAUGCAGCUGCCCAAGCAGGACAAGAAAUCCAAGAAGGACAAGAAAAAGAAGCAGAAGAAUGAGCCUAAAGUGGAGCAGCAGCUGCCAGAGGAGCCGCAGAUCAGCGUGACGGUGGAGAUUGCACCCGAGUUGCUCGCGGAAUCAGGUAUUGUGGUGUCCACCAACCAGCAAAUUGAAGACGUGCCUCAUGUGACACCUGUGGUGGAAACUCCCAUUGAACCCGAAGAAGAGGGAACUCCCAAGGCCCAACGCGUGCAACUUCAAAUCACUAAGACCACGGUCUAUGACGAGUAUCCGGAUCUGCCAGUGCACAUCACCGAGCAGAACAAGGUUCUCAUUGCCUCUCAGCAGAGUAAGCGUUCUGGAGCAGGACCCACAUCCUCGGCGGUGACCAUCGAAGAGGUUGCCUCACCCACAGAGGAGCUAGUGGUGCCCAUCACCCCGGGACCGGACAACCUCAGUGGCGAGCCCAAGAACAUUUGGUUCAGUGCUACCACCAGCGUGGACAAGACACCCAUUGAGCUCUCCCAGGCCUUGAUUAUGAGCGAGAGUUUGCAACACUAUCCUGGAAAGGAGCAACUGAACCAGCAGCAGCAGCCCGUCCUGAUCUCCACCAAGGAAGCCAUUGGCGACCGCAUCAAGCAGCUCAAGCAGGCAUCGCCCCAACAAGCCACUCCCCUGAGCAAUGUGCUCCAUUUGGCCACUCUAUCCGAACAGAUUAAGGAACUGCCCACGGAGCAGCGCAUCCUUGAGGUCAAUGAGGGUCUCCAGGAUCUGGACGCUGCCAUCAAGAAUGGUGACAAGACGGUGAUACAAACCACUGUGAUCACGGUGAUCGAGAAGGUGUCCACUUGGCUGGAAACCAUCGAGUACCGUGUGUACCUCAUCCGGCAGAACUCCAAUGAAGGUCCAUCCGAGGAGAAGCUUGACAACUACAACCAACUCAACGAAGAGCUCAGCACCAUCAAGAAGAAUGUUGGCAAACUAGAGCGACAGCUGUCCAAGGCUGAGCCCGAGUUGUUGCAGUGCGUGGACAGCCUCAAGGAGCAUGUGGAGGCCGUGGAGCAGGUCACGCAACAGAAUCAGGUGCAGGACAGCAACGACCUGGACAAGUGGCACAGCUUUGAGGUGCUACUUUACAACGUGUCCUCCGUUCUGGCCCAACUCCAGCAGAGCUACGAUCUUCUAAUCAACCACGAAUAUCCGCUGUCCGCCAAGCUCGCCCAGCUGGAUGAGCUGGAGCAGGAACAUGAGGCGGCCCAGCAGCAGCUGGCGCAGCUUUGCCAAAAUGCCCGCGCUUUUCAGCGUGAUUUCCCCGGCAAAAAGAUGCCGCAGGAUGUGCACAAUGCCUUCGAGACCAGCAAGAAUAUUGGCAACAACAUCCAGGCAGAGCGGGAACGGGUUCUCCAACUGCAGUCCCUGGCGGAGGAGUACGAGCAGACCCUCAAGGAGUUCACCAAGAUCACAGUGCUGGCCGACAAGUUGGUUGAGAGUCCCAUAGUUUCCAGUUCCCUCGAGCAGCUGAACAACGAGGUGCAGAAGCAGAGAAAGUUCUUCGUGAACCUCAGCCACUGCCGCGCCAUGUUGGAGUCCCUGGAGGAGAACAUCGAUAGUGAGACCCGCGAGAAGCACUCCGAGCUGCACAAGGAGCUCUAUAACAGGGCCACCAGUCUGCUGGACAAGGCCUCCGAGAGGUCUUCCAAACUGGUGCAGGCUGCCUCCCGCUGGACUGUGCUGGAGAAGGGCAUGCGAGAUGAGCUCCAGUGGCUGCAGGUGGCUCAACAGAGAGUCCCCGAUCUGUCAGCCGUUACAUCCGCCGACUAUGAUCAGUACACCACACUCUAUCAAUCCCUGAGCAAUGACAUUUCGCAUCACUAUGUGAAGAUGACGCAGCUGUCGGGAAUAGCCAACAAGUUGCAGCUGCUGGUGCAGGCCCCCAAUCUCGUGGAGGAAACCAAUGAGGCUCUGAUAGUGCUACUCAAGCUCCGUGAGGAGGUGGCCUUGUACCUGCAUCGCCUGCUGGUCUUCAAGGAGAUCUGGGUGCAGUACGAACAGCAAACGGAUAAGCUGGAGGCCUUUGUGCGCGAAGCAGAGCAGGAACUGCGCCACAUCCAGAUUCCAUCGCAGCCUACCCAGCAGCCCAUCGAGCAUAUGCGUCAGUUCUGGGAGAUCAAGGCCCGCUUCGAGCUGCACAACAACGUGCGAACCGAUACUGGGCUGAGCUUCGAGAAAUCCCUGCAGGUCAUCCCACUGGCCGACGAGAUGCUCCAGCGGCAGUUCCAUGCCCAGCUGGAGGAUCGCUGGCAGGCCGUGGCCCAGGCCAUCGAGCUCAUCCAGCACAACAUUGUGGAGAGCCUGUCGUCGGAGGAUGUGCCCGCGGAUGAGAAACUUCAGAUGGUGGAGCGCGAGCUGCAGGAGAUCUACCUGACCAUGACCAGCAUGAAGGGAGUGAUCAAGAACGAGGAGGAGCUCUGUCUGUACAUCGAACGAGUCCAAGUGCUGCGCACCCGCGUGGGCUUCAUUGGCAACGAACUGGGAAGGAUUGGGCUGCAAGAGCCCGCCAUUGAGCCGGAAAAAGUGGGUGAACUGUUCGCCCUCUCGCACAAGAUCAGCACCCAGAUAGCCGAGGAGCUGGAGGGUGCCUCUGUGCUGCGCGACCAACUGCAGGCCAUCCAAGAGGGCAUCAGCAACCAGCGCAAACACCAGGCCAAGAUCUCGGUUAUUCUGGAUGAGUGUGAGGCUGCCGAGCGCCAGGGGGCCGAUGUCCUCGAAAAAGCCGUGGCCGAUUGCCAGGGCGCCGGCGAGGAGCUGGUGACCAGCUGGCAGGAGAUCAUGCGCAUCCGCCAGAUGCUUCAUACUCUACCCAUGCGCCUCAAGAUGUCCGUUUCGCCUGUGAAGCUGGAGCGAGAUAUCUCCCAGCUGCAGGACGACCACGCCUUCCUCGAGAGCAAGUGCACCAACAUCAUGGGCAUCCUGCGGAAUCGCCUGGCCGUCUGGCUGCGCUACGAACGCCAACUGGAGCUGGUGCACGGAUCCGUCCAGGAGACCGACUUCAUGAUGGAGCUCAUCCGGGUGCACGGCCAAGUGGACUACGAGCGCCUGCGCAAGGCCACGGAGCGCUUGGAGGGAGUCGCCGGCGACCUGCACAACCGCGAGCAACUGAUCGACGAGCUAAAGGGUGCCGCCAAACCCCUGAUCGAGAGCUGCGAUGUCCAGAUUGUGGAGCAGAUCGAGUCCGCGGUCCAGGAGGCGGUAGUCGCGUGGAACGACACCAGCGACAAUCUGCAGCAACUGCGAACCCGCUACCAAAGAGCCGUCGAGCUGUGGGACAAGUACCGCAACGCCUCAGCGGCCAUCAAGAACUCCAUUGACCAGCAAAUGGACACGGUCAAGUCCCUGGAGCAGCCCCUGGAUGCCCUGCAACAUGCCAAGGUAUGCCAAGACAACCUGACGACCCAGAAUGACAGAAUCUCGGAACUGCGCGACAUUGUGGCCAAGAUCGCCGCCGAUGUGGGCCUGGAUGCCUCGGCCCUGAUGCAGGGCGAACUGGACGCACUGGGUCAGAGAUUGGCGGAGUGCAAGGAUGCCAUCACCACGCUGGCCAACGUGGCCGAAACGCAGGACAAGGAGCGCAAGGAACUGGACAAGGAGGUGACCCUGGCCAAGGAGUACUUCAACAAUGUGCAGCAGGACCUUUCCCGAGAGGCGCCACAGAAUCCCAAAGAAAGCGAGGAGCAGCUGGCCGCCCUGCGAGCCCACCUCCAAACGCUGGCCAGAACGGAAGAGCAACUGCGUCAGCUGAAGGAGCGCCAUCAGAACAACGAGGUGGCACCUUCCGCAGCCGGAGCCGUCGAUGAUGAUGGCGUCCUGGAGGUGCUGGCCCUGUGGCAGAAGAUAUUCCAGGACACCUUCCAGGAAUACCACCGCCUGUCCACGCGACUCGCCCGCAGCCAGAACAGCUCCGAGGCCCUGCGACUGUGGAGGCAGUACCUCCAGCACGUCCAGUCCUUCCUCUCCUGCGCCAUUCCCGAAGACUACAGCAGCCUGAGGGAGCAGCAGCAGUUGUGCGCCAUCCAUCAGAACCUGCUCAUCUCGCAGCAGAGCGUGCUCUCGGAAACGCCACUGGAGUCGGAGCUGUCGGAGCAGUACAAGGCCCUGACCAACCUGCACAAUGAGACUCUCUCGAGGAUCAUGCAGCGAAACGGCGAGCUGGAGCGGCGGGUGAGUGGCUGGAAUGCCUAUCGCCAGAAGCUGGCUGCCCUCUUGGACUGGCUGCGCCAGCGGGAGGCGGAGCGCAAUGCCCUCCAGUUGCGAUACAUUCACCUGAAGCGAGUGCCGCAUCUGAAGCACCGACUGGAUGCCAUGAUCCAGCAGCUCGACCAGGGAGAACAGCAGAGCAAGGCCUUGCAGGAGCAGCAGCAGGAGCUGGCCCGGCACUGUGAUGACGCCCUGGCCACCGCCAUGCGCAUGGAGCAGGCCAGCAUUGGCCAGCGGAUCAACAACCUGCGUGCCGCCCUCAAGACCUGGCAAGGAUUCCUGCAGCGCGUCACCCAGUUAUCGGAGACCUACGAACAGCGAGUGCACCAGUUGCAGCAGGAGUUCGAAGCAGCUCAGAAGCUGCUGGAUGCCAAUCCAAAUGAAUCCCUGCCCACUCAGCCCGCUGCUAUUGAACAACUCUUGGGAGCCCUGCGCUCGCAGAGGGUGCAGCUGGGUGCCCAAGUGCCCGCCCUGGAGAGCCUCACGGUGACGCAGGAGGAGCUCAAGGAGUGCAUCAGUCCGCACGACAUGAAGACCAUUCGCCAACGGAACUGGCUGCUCUGGCAGCAGCACGCCGAUCUGGACUACCAGCUGGCCAACCUGAUCAACUCGAUCGAGGAGCGCCUCUCCCUGCUGUCCAACUACCAGAUCCGCUACGACCGCAUCUCCCAGUGGCUACAGCGCUUGGAGCAGCGUGUGGAAAAGGAUGCGGACGUCUCUGCCAUGGCCAAUCCCGAACAGGCGGCAAAGCAGCUGGAGCAGCAAAUCAACUCCGAGCUGCAGCUGAGGGACAAGGAACGGGAGUGGCUACUGUCCACCAGCAGAGAACUGCUCACCCUCUACUCCGAGCCAGAAGUAAGAUCGCAGGUGCAGCAGCAGAGCGACGCCCUCAUCGAUCGCUGGCAGCGUCUCAAGUACCUGUGCAAGCAGAAGGCCACUAAGAUUGGUGAGCUCAAGAUGACCCUCCUCCGCCUGGAGGAGCGAAUCGCCCUGAUCCGCGCCUGGCUCUUCGAGGUGGAGUCCCAACUGGACAAGCCGCUGAACUUCGAGAGCUACACCCCGAACGUGAUCGAGGCCAAGCUGAAGGAGCACGAGCAGAUCCAGCGCUCCAUCGAGCACCACAGCAGCAAUGUGGGUGAGGUUCUCAAUCUGGUGGAGAUGCUGCUCAACGACGCCGACAGCUGGCGCACGCAGGUGAACACCUCCGGCCUGGCUGCCUCGGCCCAGAAUCUGGAGCAGCGCUGGAAGAAUGUGUGCAGUCAGUCAGCGGAGCGCAAGGCCCGCAUCCUGACCAUUUGGAAUCUGCUCCAGCAGCUCAUCAAACUCACUGCGGAGCACAAGAACUGGCUGGGCAAGCAGGAAAGCCAAAUCGCAGGCUAUGAAAGGGAUCAAAAGAGCCACAGCAAGCAUAAACUGGAGGAAAGGCAGAAGGAGCUCCGUGCCAAGCUGGACGAGCUGGAAAGCCAGUCGGUGAACCUGCGCCAGCUGGAGCAGAUCUACGCCAAGCUGACCAUGAGUGCCGGCGUCGAGCCGGAGAACAUCCAGAAGCUGACGUUGCCCACCAAGGUGAUGGUCAGCAUGUGGCGCCAGCUGACGCCACGCUGCCAUGCCCUGCUGGACGCCAUCGACAAGGAUGCCAAGCUCAUGCGGGAGUUCAACAAUGCCCAACUGGAGGCCACAAACUCCCUGAAUGCCAUUCAAAAGGCCCUGGAACAACUGCCCAGUGUGGAGGAUCAGCAGACCUCCAAGGCGGAGCCAAAGGCGGUGCUCCAGCGACUGGAGAGCCUGGAGAAGAAGCUGCAGGACGCCCAGCAACAUGUCCAGCAGGCGGAUAACCUGGCCCAGGAGGCCAAGACCAGGACCAAGCAGCAGCCACAGCUGAAACAGCUGCUGGAACUGGUGUCCGCCUAUACCACCCUCUGGCAAACGGUGCAGACCCGCAUAGUGACCCUCAAGACCAGUUGGCUGACCCGGGCAGCCCAGGCAGCCGCCGCCGCUGUCCCAGUUACCGAAGCAGCCAACGCCGCCGUCCAGGUCAACACCCUGUCCCAGCGAAAACUCCGCCAGGCCCAGCAGAUGCAGCGGGAAACCUCCAUCACCGCCAAGGAUGCCUACAUCAUGGAGCUGCAGACGGCCAUCGCCGAGUGCCAGAACAAUCUGGACGAGCUGCAGCGCACGGUGGUGGACAAGACCCGCAAGCCGGGUCCCCAGAAGAUCGCCAAGCUGCUGGGCAACGCCCAGUCCUCCACGGAGCUGGUCAAGCAUCUCAGCCAGCUGCUGCUCACCGAGUGCCAGGCGGACAACCAGGCCGCCCAGGUGGACACCGUGGCAGAGCUCACGUUGCGCUUCGAUACCCUGCAGUCGCAGUGGAAGGCGCGACAGCAGCACGAUCAAAAUGCAAGGUGCCACCUACCUGCAUCCUACAAGUACAACUGCAUACACGAGGUCGGCCGGCUAACGUGUCCGCUCUGCACACAGCGAAACUGGCAGCAGAUCGACAACGAUCUGUGGCGCCUGGAGCAGUGGCUGCAGUUCGCCGAGAGCACCCAGAAGGCCCAGUCUGCUCCGCCCUCGAACAUCGAGCUGCUGGAGGACGUCACCCAGGAUCAUCGCGAGUUCCUCCUGGAUCUGGAGAGUCACAAGUCGAUCAUUUCCUCCCUCAACGUGGUCGGUGACCACUUGGCCACCCACACCCUGGACACCGAGAAGGCCAGGCAACUGCGCUCACGCCUGGAGGCGGACAACGAGCGCUGGAACAAUGUGUGCAUCAAUGCCACCAAAUGGCAGGGUCUCCUCCAGACCGCCCUGAUGGGCAACAGUGAGUUCCACCAGACCAUCGACGAGCUGGUCAACUGGCUGCAGAGCACGGAGCAGAACAUCAAGGCUUCCGAGCCCGUCGAUCUCACCGAGGAGCGCUCCGUGCUGGAGGCCAAGUUCAAGAAGUUCAAGGAUCUGCGAGCCGAACUGGAAAGAUGCGAGCCCCGGGUGGUGAGCCUGCAGGAUGCCGCCGAUCAGCUUCUCCGCUCCGUCGAGGGCUCCGAGGAGCAGUCCCAGCACACCUACGAGAGAACCCUUUCCAGAUUGACCGAUCUCCGCCUGCGUCUCCAAUCCCUGCGUCGCCUAUCCGGCAUCUACAUCGUCAAGCUGGGCGCCGUCCUGGGUUACGAAUGCGAUAAUCUUGGCGUGCCACUGCACAUGUUGUCGAGUGAGCUUUUGGAUAAUACUACAUUAUCAACCUCUUCUAUGCAGGCCGCCGCACCAAACACAGAAAACGCAAACCACACCGAUGGCGAUGCUGUCGAUGGCGAUGUCAUCAAUACCACGGUGCUGGCGCGCGGUGCUCGGUUCCUAGGCCGCGUUGCACGUGCCUCCCUGCCCAUUCAGGCGCUCAUGCUGCUGCUUUUAGGUGUGGCCACUCUGGUGCCCCACGGUGAGGACUACACCUGCAUGUUCUCCAACACCUUUGCGCGCAGCCUGGAGCCCAUGCUGUCCUAUCCCCACGGACCGCCGCCCACGUAAGGCUGUCGAGUUGCCUUGGAUUAGUGCAAUGGAGCAAUGAACAAGAACACAAAACCAAAAACCCCCAAACCCUAACCAUAAAACUGUUGAAAUCAGUCCCCAAGAGAUACGAAACGAUGCCUUUUGUAAGCUAAAUUCCUGUAAGAAAAUUCAAAAAAAAGUUUGCCUUGUGUAAUGAAGUGGAAGAGUUGCAAAUUUGCGUAGUUUAUCACAUUUUGUAAUUGUAUGUAAUUUUGUAGAGAUUCCAUAGCUAGAGGCAUUAAUAAAACAACCAAUUUGUACAUAACCUG